AUGCAGACAGAACAGGAGUGGGUGAGCUCUUUCUUCACUAGCCACAAGCUGCAGCCAAGUGAGAAGACACAAGCCCCUGUUUGGGUGAUGCAGUUAUGCCACACCUUAGCUAAGCUGAAGGACUGGGGAGAAGCAAAACAGCUGUGACCUCCUCUCUGGGAGCCUGUGAGUUUAUGUAGUCUUGGUAAGCCAUAAUUUGGCUUACCAUAUUGUGUGAACAGGGCCUAUAUAUAAAACGUUUGAUUGCAUUAUACAUAUCUGUCUUGCUGUUGAUUGUCAAAAUAGCAGCUCUGAAGUUACAGUGCAUCGAAGUUGUAAUUAACCUCAGGAGGAAAGCCUGCAAAUGGUAGUAUUCCUUCCAAGGUAUGUAGCAGUUGGUGGGGAGGAUUUGUAUUGGAACUGCAAUGCAUGGGGAAAGAGUUAACCCUCUUCCUACAUGCCACAAUUCUGAUCACAACCACUUUCCAUGGCUGCUAUUUAUUGACAGAUAUAUGUGCAAUACAGUAAUGCAUUUCACAUUCUGUCUAAUUUGGACCUCACAUGGAGACACAUGAUGGUUAUGCUUGGUAGAUCACACCCUUGCGUAUAUAUAACUGAGGUCUCUUUUAGAUUUCUUCUGACAGUAGGUCAUCUACUUUUACAGCGUCCAACCUGAGACACAGCAGAUUAGUAAUAAUUAUUUAAGUACUUUGCAUGGACAAUUUCUAAAUAUAUCUCAUGGCUGCUACUUAUAUCAAGUGUACACCAGGAGCAUAAUAAUUAUUCAAACUGAGAGUGUUUGAUGUGGAUUUUGAACAUUACAGUUUCCUGCCCAUAAAGAACAGUGACGCUUUAAGCAUUAAAGACCUUUACAUUAUAAAUCUACGUACUCACAAAUAAGUAUACAUGAACUGUAUUCUAUAAGAGUACACGGCUCUAGUAUGGCUAAUUUGGAACCCAAGUACAAGAAAUAUGUAAUCAAGUCUAUCCAUUAAGUCAGCUGAACAAAUGCUUCAGAACAAGUUGCAUCCUUGGCAUCUUUACAUUAUGUUACCUGGAAAAUCUUGAGUACCUGUGAUGCCACAGAUCGAUGGAGAAAUUAUGUCACAUUCCCAGUCAUUUAGGCAUCCCAACAAUUCAGUGUUCAACACCCUGAACAAAUCACAGUUCCCAGGAUGGCCUGAGGGAAACAAAAUGGUAUAGUUCAGGCAUAGGCAAACUCGGCCCUCCAGAUGUUUUGAGACUACAACUUCCAUCAUCCCUAGCUAACAGGAACAGUGGUCAGGGAUGAAGGGAGUUGUAGUCCCAAAACAUCUGGAGGGCCGAGUUUGCCUAUGCCUGGUAUAGUUUAAAGUGGUAUGAUAUUGCUUGAAAGCAGCCCUUCUUCAGAGCAAAUGCUCCAGAGGUUGUCUCAGUUGCUACAGUACAACUAUUGGGGAAGAACACUUACACAUACAACAGCAAAGGUGACAGUUGUAGAAUGGCAGCAGUGCCACCCACAACACCCAGGAGGAGAAAGGAGGCACAGUGGUGGAUGAGGUGGCAGUGGUGUAGAGGAGGAGGAAGAGGCAGUCCUCCACACUUGCACCAGGCCUGUUAUUCAACAGUUUUAUACAGGUCUUCUUGAUGACUGUGCCAUGUCUGUACAAUUCUCUCCCCUUAAGAGUCAUAGAUGGUAAUGUUACUAAGGGUCUUCCGCUCUCCAGUCAAUAUCUUUUCUCAAAAGCCUUUGGAGCAACUGACUAAUUCUGCCUUUGGGCUUUGGCUGUCUGUAUUGCCUUGAUGCUGUAAUUAAUAUUUGUAUGGUACUGUAUGGAUUUUAUUUUAAUUGAUUGUGCUUUGUAGAUGACAUUAUUUCAUAGUCAGCGUACACUUUGGGACCUUUGGAAAAAGAUAGUUUAUAAAUUCUAUGUAGUAAAUUAUAAUAUUUUUUUUGCACGGUGUCCUUCAAGAUGCUUAUGCCGUAUUUUGUUUUAUCCUCAUCUCAAUCCUGUAAGGUAGGUUUGGCUCAGAGUGAUGGAGUGCAGUGGGGUUGCAAUAACUGGGGUGGUGUCAGCAGAAUCAUCCCUGCUCUCCCCUCACAUGCAGUUGCAGUUAGGUAGAGGGGAAUGCCAGAAAUGGCUAUUUAGUUGAGCUUCUUGGCAGAAAGAGAUUGGGUCUCUGUACAGUUUACUUGCUGUGCUACUUUAAAUCAGCAUCCAAUUUUUAAUGUCACAUUAAAAACAACACACACCAUCCUUGUGGUAAAACACCACAGUAUUACUACAAGAGAAAAAAUAUACUUGGACAGUUACUAUGAAGUAGUGUCUGACCUCAUCACAGGAUGAGUCAUUGUUCCUCUGCCAGAAAAUGAAUGGGAUGUGAGGAUGCAUUCUGAGGAGCAUCUCCCUCUUGAGCCAACAAGCAAGAUCACCUUGACUCACUGGGGAUCUCAGAGUGCAACCAUAUUACUUUUAUUGUACAUGGAGGGAGGAGGUCAGGAGAGGGUGGACCCUGGGUUUGUGGAAGUAAAAGGCAUCCUCAUUCCAUAGCUGACAACAGGCCAGCAAGUCUGAUCAGUGCAAUUUCAUGACUAAUUGUGACAAACUCUUCAAGACAGCUUGGAGAACAGAAGUUGUUACCAACUGCCUCUGAAGGUUCACGUCAAGAUCAGUGGCUCUGUAAAACAAUGGAUCUGUAUUCCAAAUUUUAUUCCACUUUAAUACACCUUCAGUUUUGCUUCCCUCUCCUCCUUUAAGUCACUGCUUAAGAUUUUAUCAAAGCCUUUCUGGAACUAGAGCUACUCUAAUAAGCUACACCUGCUCUUUUAUUGCCUACCUCACCUUGCCUAUCCCUGUUAUUCAUAUGUCAUUGUCUGUCUCGUCCUGGUUUUCUCUCUUGCUUAACAGAUCUGACUUAACGUACCGUCAGCAGACUCAGACUGUGUACACACCAGCCCUUCUAUAGCACAAAAACGUAGUUCAUGCUGAUCUUUAACAUGCUUCUUUUGAUCUAGGUUGAUUCUAGAUCCUGCUAUCCACCAGAGUGGGUAUGGUUACCCAUACCCAUAUCCAUGCCUUUUCCUCCCUGCCCAUGCCCAAGGCAAAUGAAGCAAGAAAUGAUCAUAAUUUUGAUAUAUACCCACUUACAACACCAUUGGGCAGGUAUUGAUGUAGCUCCAUUGUCAGGACCGCUGGUAUCUGCUUUCAGCUGCACUACACUGCAGAGUAAUGCAGAAUCACUCUGCAAGGAGCUUUUAUUAUUAAAAUGAAGCUUGUUUCUCAAGAAAUGCCUUUCAGGGUAAAAAAAUAAUGCACUAGAUCUAGAUUAUGUGUGAACUACAUAGAAAAAGCAAGUACCCAUUCUCCAUUGAUUUGUAGAUCGGCAUUAAUUCAUCAGAAUUUAUUUUAUUUCAUAAAAUUUUUAUACCACUUGACUGUAAAAACAACAAUCUCAAAGUGGUUACUGAACCUGUAAAAAGACACACAGUGGUACCUCUGGUUACGAAAGGGAUCCGUUCCAGAGGCCUGGCUGUAUCCCAAAAAUUUCGUAACCGGAGGACCACGUCUGCGUACGCACGAGCAGCAAACCCACUUCCGGGUUUGCUGCGGCCGUAACCUGAAGAUUCCGUAACCUGGAGGUUACGCAGCAUGAAGUACCACUGUAUAAGUGUUUUAGACAGGAUUUGUGUAGAUUUGUUUUUUAUAUUCCGUGCAGCCUCAAGCACACCUGAUAGUAAGUAAAUAAAUGGAAAUGUUAAAGAUGUCUGUGCUGCCUCUUUCUCCAAAGGCACUAAAGGAGCUAACAAACAGUAAUAAAAACAGAUUUAUUUAUUUUUUAAAAAUGAUCAUUACCUCACAAUACAUGCUCAAAUAAUAAGUUAACAAAAUCCGAGCUGUUCAGCAAAUCCUAGAAGCACAAAAGUAACACUGAGGCAAAAUGAGAAGUGCUGACCUACCCCUGUUGAAGCAUCUCAUACCUAGGUUGCACAGCAGUGGCAUGAAGCACCAACACUGAUGCCAACCUCUGGCGAGAUCUUGCAAUAUUUUAGUGAGAUCUUUCUGGAAGCCGGCACCAAUGCUAGUGCCGCUUCUCCACCAGUGUGGUACUUUUAGCACCCAAUAUGACAUCCUGCCAAGAUCAUGUGACCACACAAAGCAGCUUGAUUUGGUCUUGAAAAAUGGUUAUGUGAUGAAAAGUCAAAGAAAAGGAAUGCAGACAUCUAUGAAAAUCCAAGUGGAACAGACAGGCCAUGUCUUCAGAAGACAACACCGUCCCAAAGUAUUGUAUCAAGAGAAGUUAACUUAGACUAUAAUGGGUGGAGGGUAAGUGGGUGAGGAAGAAUAGAUUUGUCUUCACCACUAUGGUUUCUAUUAUUCUGAAGCUGAUCUUUCAGGAUUUCUAUUUUGCAAAGAAGUAGAUAAAACUGGGGAAAAGGGAAUCUUUGGCCUCCAGAUGUGGACUCCCAUCAUUUCCAACCAGCAUGGCCAAUGGCUAGGAAUGAUGAGAGCUGAACUUUAGCAACAUCUGAGGGGCCACAGGUUUGCCACUCCUGGCCUGAAUGUGUUGAAAUAAAAUGGACAGAACCACAGACAACCUAUUGGCACAGGAGAAAAGAAAACAGCUGGCUUUGAACUAUUCAGAAAUGACAGAUUUUCCCCCUUGAAUCAUAGUCUGGGAGGUUGUUACAUCUUGUAGUUGGGUCUGUAGCUAUUUCAGCUCAAGUCAGCAGUGAGUCAUGAAUUUGAAGACAACCUGUAGAAAUCAAAUUUCUUAGGCCUGACUUUUUUCUGGGAAAUUGUGCAAGACAGAAACACAUAAAUGAAAAUGGGAAAAUGGACGUGAUAAACCUCUGACCGUAACCUUUUAAAUUCCUGCUACAGAAUGCACAUGCUUUGGCUGGUGAGUAGGGCCUCCUUGCAUGCAUUCAAUUGACACAAGGAGUGAAAGCCUGAAAAAGCUAUUACUUUGUUUAUACACAAUUACUGAUUCAUACAUCCAAUUUGUAUCCACUUAAUAUAGCAGGUUCUCUAAGCAAUUUGCAUAAAAUAUGCAAAAUAUAAGCCAUAGGUAAAUAUUAGGGAAAAUACCAAUAUCAUUUAUUUAUUAUAUUUGUCAGUCACUUUAUCUUGUCCAGCAAAACCCAAAAAGACUUGCAUACAACAAAACAAAUAGACAAUAAACCCCAUUUAGAUACAUUAAAGCCAAGAGGAAAGAGAAAUACAUUAAAACAUCCCACCCACUUAAAUAUGAAUACAAUACUGUACUUAAUACAACAAGAUUCGGUAAAAAUUAUAUAGACUGAGUAAAAAUAAAUAAAUCCAAUGAGACUAUAUGGAAUUAAAUGAAGCUGAACAAUGGAAAAAUAAAUAAAUAAGGAAUUAAGAGUUAGAGUGUGGGACAGCCUAGGUAAGCAUACACAAUUUUAAGAAGUGUUUAAAGCUCUUUGUUGUCUAUGCCUCCUGAAUUACUCGAGGAGGGCAUUCCAAAGCUAAAUUUAUUUACAGAGUUAUCUGAGGAUAAGAUGCAUGUCAUUAUACAUUUUCUCAAUUCCUAGGCCUGGAAUAGAGUGCAGUUACAGAAAAUUUGUAUGCUCAAAUACGUUGUGGACAUCUUCAGGGAGAGAGCUUUAGCACAUCUCCAUGAGCAAUUGGGGUAUGAGAUCAUGUGGAAACCUUCACUUCCACAGUUGUACAUGUGAAGCUCCCCUUCUUGCAGAGGCAUGUGCUGUAACAUAUGGACUCCCAGAAAAUGGUACUAGUUUCAGCACAUGAUGUCAAAGGCAGGGCUGGUUGGCACUGAUAGCAUGUAAGCAGUAAGGCAGGGGGAAAGCAGACUCUAGUUCCCCUCUUACACAUGCAUGCUUUAUUGUAAAAAGUAUACCAGCACUACUAGCUAAGGUAUAAUGUAUAAAACCACUAGUUUUAUACAUAAAUGGCACAGCCGUGUGCAUAACAAAUGUCAUUGGGCCUGAGAAUGAUUGCAUUCAAAAUGCAGGAACAUCAAACACCAGAACAUCCCUGCUUGAUCAAGCCAGUGGACCACCUUGUCCAGCUUCCUGUUCUCACAGUGACCAACUAGAUGCCCACAAGCAGGAUCUGAUUGUAACAGCAAGCUGCCUUCCUGAUGUUUUCAGCUACUGGUAUUGAGAAGCAUACUGUCUCUGACCCUGGAAGCAGAACGUAGCCUCUGUUAAUUUGUCUAAGCCUCUUUUAGAGGCAUCCAAGCCCGUGGCCAGCACUGCCUCUUGUGGGAGCAAUUUGGUGUGUGUUUGUGGCUGAUUAGCUGCUCUCCCUGUGCAAAGGUCAGAGGGGGCAGGGUUUCUGUUGAGUCAGGUGAUUAGCUGUGGGAGGAGCUUAUCAGAGCUUGCAGGGCAGCAGCUGAAGGAGGAGCAAAAGGGUUUUCUUGUGUGUGUGCUUGUGGCUGAUUAGCUGCUCUCCCAGUUUGAUCCAUCUUUUAGAUUUAGGGGAGCUAGUCUCAAACGUUUGUUGGGGGAGACCUAGGUUUUUUUUUGGGGGGGUUAUUUGUCCUGUCUUCACACUUUUUAAGAUGGAGGACCACUGUAGCCACCCCAAACGACACGUUUUCAAGAUGGAGGGUGAGGGAACAGCUGCAGUCACCUGCGGUUCCUGCGCAAUGUUUGCCAUCUUGCCAAAGGUUGCAGGCAGCUUUACCUGCAGCAAUUGUAUGUUGAUUGCCCUCUUAGAAGACAAAGUCCAGCAACUGGAGGAACGUGUAGCUACGCUCCAAAGAAUUAGAGAGCUGGAGCUCUUCUUGGAAGCAACAGAGAACACCGUCUCCACCAAGGAGGAGACAGGGGACACCCCUAAGAAGGAGGCUAGUUUACCAACACAGGUGCCAGAUAUAUGGAGAAACGUGACUCAAAGAAGUAGGAGGCCCAGGGUUCGCUCUGAUUGUUUAGAAAUACACAAUCGCUUUGAAGUCCUCUCCCCUAGCAUGGAAGACGAAGAACAGACUCCAUUUGAGGAUCUCUCCCUCAUUACAGUCGAUCAGGUAUAUGAAGACGAGCAGCAAAGUCAGUCCUCAGGGAAUGUGCAGGCGACCUUGGAACGGACAGCUCAUGGAAGAACCCCGACCAAACCUAAGAGGAGGCGUGUAGUGGUGAUAGGGGAUUCCCUACUGAGGGGAACAGAAGCAGUGAUCUGUGGGCCUGACAAGAUGUCUCGGGAAGUGUGCUGUCUCCCGGGGCUAAGAUCCAAGAUGUAACUGAACGACUGCAAGGAAUCAUAAAACCCACUGACAAAUACCCCCUCCUCUUGGUUCAUGUGGGAACCAAUGACACUGCAAGCAAUAGCCUCCAGAAGAUCAAAAGAGACUACGAGGCUCUGGGCAGGAAAUUGAAGCAAUUAAAUGCACAAAUUGUCAUCUCAUCUGUCCUCCCAGUUGAACGACGUGGCCCAGGGAGAGAGGGAAAAAUAGUGGAAGUGAACAGCUGGCUUCGCAAAUGGUGUAAACAGGAACGGUUUGGAUUCUUAGAUCACGGACUGCAGUUUCUUGAAGAUGGACUUCUGGCAAGCGAUGGGCUGCACCUCACAACGGUUGGGAGAAAUGUUUUUGCCAAAAAUCUCAGAAACCUCAUCAGGAGGGCUUUAAACUGACUAAUGUGGGGAGGGAGACAGUGCUCCUGAAGGUAGGAGUCUAUCAAUUGAUGAAGAUGAUCAUCCAAAUGUCAUAGACCAAAUGGAGCAAACAGCACGCAGACCUAGUGGUGGGAGGAAAAAUCCUUAAAUAAGAGACACGGGGAAUGAUUAAUGGACUUCAAUGUCUGUACACUAAUGCACAAAGCAUGGGAAAUAAACAAGAUGAGCUUGAGCUCUUGGUACAGCAAACUAAAUAUGACAUAAUAGGCAUCACUGAAACCUGGUGGGAUAAGUCCCACGAUUGGAAUGUAAUAAUGGAGGAUACAAUCUAUUUCAGAGAAACAGACCAGACAAGAAAGGAGGAGGAGUGGCGUUAUAUGUCAGGGAUGUGUAUACCUGUGAAGAGAUCCAAGAUUUAGAACCUCAAAGCCAAAGUGAGAGCAUUUGGGUCAAAAUUAAGGGAGAGAAGAAUAACAGUGACCUCAUUGUGGGAGUUUACUAUAGAUCCCCAAGCCAAACGGAGGACAUAGAUGAUGCCUUCCUGGAACAGAUGGCCAAGCAUGCAAAAGGAAGGGAGAUAGUAGUAAUGGGGGACUUCAAUUACCCGGAUAUUUGUUGGAUGUCAAACUCAGCCAAGAGCAUAAGGUCAAACAGAUUCCUCACUGGCCUUGCAGACAACUUCAUUGUCCAGAAAGUGGGAGAAGCAACAAGAGGAACAGCCAUUUUAGAUCUGGUCCUAACCAAUGUUGAUGACCUGGUUAGUGGGGUAGAAGUGGAAGGAUCAUUAGGCGCGAGUGAUCAUGCUCUUCUGAAGUUUACUAUACAGCGGAAAGGAGCAGCCAAGCAUACUAGGACUCAAUUUCUUGACUUUAAGAAAGCCGACUUCAUAAAACUUAGGGAAGUGCUGGGUGAGAUCCCAUGGACAGUAAUACUAAAAGGAAAGGGAGUUCAUGAUGGCUGGGAGUUUGUUAAGAGGGAUAUAGUAAAAGCACAACUUCAGGCAAUACCAAUGAGACGGAAACAUGGAAGGUGCCUAAAGAAGCCAGGGUGGCUAUCUAAAGAACUUUUAACUGAGUUAAGAUUAAAAAGGAUGUGUACAAAAAAUGGAAAAGGGGAAACCACCAAAGAGGAAUUCAAACAAAUAGCCAGCACGUGUAGACACAAAGUCAGAAAAGCUAAAGCACAGAAUGAACUCAGGCUUGCUAGAGAGGUUAAAAGCAACAAAAAAAAGCUUUUAUGGGUAUGUCCGUAGCAAAAGGAAGAACAAAGAAACAGUGGGGUCACUCAGAGGAGAAGAUGGUGAAAUGCAAACAGGGGACACAGAAAGGGCUGAACUCCUCAAUGCCUUCUUUGCCUCAGUCUUCUCCGAUAAAGAAAACAAUGCCCGACCUGAAGAAUUUGGAGCAAAUGAUUCAGCAGAGGAAACACAGCCCAGAAUAACGAAGGAGAUAGUACAAGAAUACUUGGCUAGUUUAGAUGUAUUCAAGUCUCCAGGGCCAGAUGAACUGCAUCCAAGAGUAUUAAAAGAACUGGCAGAUGUGAUCUCAGAACCACUGGCAGUCAUCUUUGAGAAUUCCUGGAGAACAGGCGAAGUCCCGGCAGACUGGAGGAGGGCAAAUGUUGUCCCUAUUUUCAAAAAGGGGAAAAGAGAGGACCCAAAUAAUUAUCGCCCAGUCAGUCUGACAUCAAUACCAGGGAAGAUUCUGGAGCAGAUCAUUAAGCAAACAGUCUGUGAGCAUCUAGAAAGGAAUGCUGUGAUCACCAAUAGUCAGCAUGGAUUUCUGAAAAAUAAGUCAUGUCAGACUAACCUGAUCUCGUUUUUGACAGAAUUACAAGCCUGGUAGAUGAAGGGAACGCAGUGGAUGUAGCCUACCUUGAUUUCAGCAAGGCAUUCGACAAGGUGCCCCAUGAUAUUCUUGUAAAGAAGCUGGUAAAAUGCGGUCUUGACUAUGCUACCACUCAGUGGAUUUGGAACUGGCUGACUGACCGAACCCAAAGGGUGCUCAUCAAUGGUUCCUCUUCAUCCUGGAGAAGAGUGACUAGUGGGGUUCUGUCUUGGGCCCGGUCUUAUUCAACAUCUUUAUCAACGACUUGGAUGAUGGACUCAAGGGCAUCCUGAUCAAAUUUGCAGAUGACACCAAACUGGGUGGGGUGGCUAACACCCCAGAGGACAGGAUCACACUUCAAAACGACCUUGACAGAUUAGAGAACUGGGCCAAAACAAACAAGAUGAAUUUUAACAGGGAGAAAUGUAAAGUAUUGCACUUGGGCAAAAAAAUGAGAGGCACAAAUACAAGAUGGGUGACACCUGGCUUGAGAGCAGUACAUGUGAAAAGGAUCUAGGAGUCUUGGCUGACCACAAACUUGACAUGAGCCAACAGUGUGACGCGGCAGCUAAAAAAGCCAAUGCAAUUCUGGGCUGCAUCAAUAGGAGUAUAGCAUCUAGAUCAAGGGAAGUAAUAGUGCCACUGUAUUCUGCUCUGGUCAGACCUCACCUGGAGUACUGUGUCCAGUUCUGGGCACCACAGUUCAAGAAGGACACUGACAAACUGGAACGUGUCCAGAGGAGGGCAACCAAAAUGGUCAAAGGCCUGGAAACGAUGCCUUAUGAGGAACGGCUAAGGGAGCUGGGCAUGUUUAGCCUGGAGAAGAGGAGGUUAAGGGGUGAUAUGAUAGCCAUGUUCAAAUAUAUAAAAGGAUGUCAUAUAGAGGAGGGAGAAAGGUUGUUUUCUGCUGCUCCAGAGAAGUGGACACGGAGCAAUGGAUCCAAACUACAAGAAAGAAGAUUCCACCUAAACAUUAGGAAGAACUUCCUGACAGUAAGAGCUGUUCGACAGUGGAAUUUGCUGUCAAGGAGUGUGGUGGAGUCUCCUUCUUUGGAGGUCUUUAAGCAGAGGCUUGACAACCAUAUGUCAGGAGUGCUCUGAUGGUGUUUCCUGCUUGGCAGGGGGUUGGACUCGAUGGCCCUUGUGGUCUAUUCCAACUCUAUGAUUCUAUGAUUCCACAGUUUAUGUGCUGUGUGAUUUGCAACAGGGACAUUGGGUUGCAGAGGCUUUUUACUGGUUGCAGGGGACUGCAGGGGGGGAGGAGACGAAGAGAGAACUCCAUUGCAUGAACUUACAUGUGUUUGGAAUUUUACUACAUGGCAUUGCAAAGGGGAGGCAGUGCAAAGAAGGCAGGUUUCUUCUUGUAUAAGCUUCCUGAGAAGUUUUACAAGAAGGUGGGAAGUGUUGACGUACAUUGUCAGUGUCUAUGUCGUUAGCUGAAGGCAAGCGGUAACCUUGUGUCAUUUGAGUGAUGGGUGGAACGUGGUAUUUCCCAAAUCAGAUUAUUCACAACAAGACAAAGUAAUUGGUGUCAUUAUCUGAAAUAAUAAAGCUGCUGUUUUCUGCUUGUCCGAAAGGUUUUGUCGCCAUGAUCAAAGAGGGCAGGGAGAAGACAGGAAAUGUCAAAAGGCGUCAUAUGCUAAUUGUCUAUUGUAAAUACAUAACCCAGAUUGUCAGACUGGUUAAAGGUAGUAGUGCAAAGACCCAAUUUGUGCUCACACUUAUGGCAACAGCAUUGACAAAUUAGAUAAGGAUGGUGCAUUAUCACAGGGACAGAUAAGUUUGCAUACACAGGUUCCAGGUUACCUCCCACAUUAAAAAAUAAAAAAUGUGUGACUUCCCACAUACAAAAACCAGCCAUGCCUUUUGCAGAGCUAAAUGUGUGAGUUGAAAAUCUGUCACAUUUACAGCCAGUAUGGUGUGAAUAAUAUGCUAGACUUGGGCUGCAGAGACAUGAGCUCAAAUCCAUGCUCAGGCACAAAGCUCAGUGGGUGAACCUGCAACAAUUGGGUCUCUUUUUAAGAGUCAUGCAGAAUUCUGGUACCUUUAGUUUGUUACGAGUGCUGUAGGUCUGUGAGGCCAGCACCCUUAACAAACUAUAGUUCCCAGGUUGCUUUGGGGAUGUGGAAGGCAUGACUGGUAUAAGAGUGCAUGGUGUGGAUAUGAUACCUCAUAGGAUUGUUCUGUGGAUAAAUUGGCAUAACCUUACAUAUGACACUCUGAGGUCCAUGGAGGAAAAAGUGCUAUUUUUGUUAAGACUAAUGCAUAAGAACAGGGAGUGCUAAAAGAAUGUGGGUGCUACAAAGUCCACUUCCUCUGGCCAGGACUUGGGCAGCAGAAUCCUGUGGGGCAGUGAGUGCCCCGCCCUCCCCUGUUCAUCAAACCCUAUUCAGCUUGCCAGCCAGGUGCUUGGCAACCCCCGCCCCCAGCUUUUGCAGUUCUAGAUAGGCAGUCAGGGUGUAUGGGGUGUUAGGGGAAGGGUAGUACCUCUGGUGUGGGCACAUCAUGCUCCUUCUGGGGUAGUUUGUCCACCUUUGGUCUCUGCAUGCAGUUCUCAACUGUGGCUCCUAGAAGCUAUCAGCAUGUGAUAGCGGCCACAUCCCAGGAAUGGCUCUGACUGGCCAACUAAACCAGGUGAGGGUAACUAAUGGGUCUCAAACUCUUGGUGAGUUAAGGAUUUCCUUUGCAUGCAAAGACAAGCUCUGGCAGAUUGAGCAGACAAGACCAAUGCUGGGUUCAAUGGUCAAGAAGGCGCUUUCUGCACAUACACUAGAGAAGCCUUUCUCAACCUUGGGUCCCCAGAUGUUGUUAGACUACAGCUCCCAUCACCCCAGCCUGGCAGGACCAGUAGUCAGGGAUGAUGGGAGUUUUAGUCCAAUAACAUCUGGGACCCAAGAUCGAGAAAGGCUGCAUUAGAGGGAAAUGAGGGGCUGAUGGGACUCAUCAACCUGGGAAAGUAGCCCAUUUAGGAGAAUUCUGGUCCUAAACCUCUGUUGCCUUGCACAAUAUAUUCAGGAGAAGAAAAGACUAAGGAAUAAAUACCACACAAAUCUGGACUGGAAUUGCUAAAAUGGUUGGAUGGUACCUUGUAUACCUCCUUUCGACAACUCCAUCAGCCCAGCUGGUCCAAAAUGUAUUGCUCUGCUUUCAUUUGGUCCAGAUCAGUGAGGCUGAAAGGGGAGGGGGGGUCUUGUUGUCUGGGCAUCCCAGGACCUCCAGACACACUGCCCAGGCUUGCUCCCUGAGGAUGUCAUUUUGGUGCUGCUAAUGCAGUGGCUUGGAUUCACCCCUGGAGGCACACUCCAUUGUCUCUCAAGACAUAUGGAUGCUAACAAGCUACAGGAGAGUUCUUGGUGAAUUACCAUAUAGGGUUUGUGGGCUAUGCUCAGACUGACAAGUCACAAGCUUGUUUUAAUUUCAGCUGAAGUAUGCCUGCAAGAUUGGUCUGCGAUAGCACAUUUUGCAUGCUGCUACAGUAGUGUCCUCAAUGUAUCCAUGCAGUCUUCACUAUCCUCAAAUCUGCAGGAUAUUACAGAUGUAGGUUAAUUCCAACUCUUGGGCCUUUCAUGUUGGAGCUUUAUGAAACUUUAUGUUGUUUACUGUUUUGAGGUGGGGUUGGAAAUUUAAAUGCAGUGGCAUAGCGUGGGGGGUGCAGGGGGGGCCGGCCGCACCGGCCGCAACAUCUGGGGGGCGCGCGCUCGCACUCGAGUGCUAAAAUCCACGGGUUAGGGGGUGCAAAUUACUUGCCUUGCCCCGGGUGCUGACAACCCAUGCUACGCCACUGUUUAAAUGUAUUGUUUCUAAAUGGUUUCUUCUUGCUAAGCAGCAGAGUUGAAGCUGUGUGGAGUCAGUAUGAAUAGGGCUGCAGUCCACACAGCUGUGGAAAAGUAGAAAGGGCAGCUUUUCCCGGUUUCCAGUAACUCACCAAACCAGCAAUGUGGGAAGCUCAUGAAUGGACUUGCCUUGGGUUAAGCUGUUUGGUAGGGACUAAGGAGUUAACAACUGCCCAUUGUUGUAGCUGCCUCCCUCUUCUCUCCCUCCCCCUUCCCUUUUCCCUAUGCCAGACUAGUUCAGAGGUACCUGAGGCAGUUGGGACAUUAUAUCAGACUGCCUCUUGAAAAAAAUGAAAUAAAAUGACAGGUGACAUGUAGACAGUUUCUUUCUAAGGCACAGGCAUGCCCUUUUCUCUUAACUGAAGCCUGGUUUCUUUAUUGUUUAAUGACAGGCUGUGACAGAAACAGAAGGAAACCAAUCUGUGUUUUCCCAGUGCCAGCUACCUAAUGAGUCAUGGCGUCUUAGCCAAGCAGGUGUGACAUCUGAUACAAUAUAAGUACGCACACCACCCUUCCUUGAAGCGUUUCUUUACCCAAAGGAGGGGUAUCUAAAUUAACUUGUAAACUCAGUACCAAGCCCUCUUUUAAUUGGCAAGCUGAGUGUGUGAAAAUGCUGACUGAAUGCUAUUCAUAAGUGCUAGCAUUUUAGAAGGGCAUACUUGUGGGUGGGGCACGUGAGGGAAGGUGAGGAGGGGGAACCUCCCAUGAAUAUGGUUUCCCUACAGGUUUAGGAUUGGCUGAAAAACUGUGCUUUGAAAUUUAUGUGGCCCUUUGAUAUCUGCCUACGGAAUAUAGUAAUGAGAACCAUGGAACCUGGAACAAACUCUGUGAAUGCAACUGAAUGAAACUCCUCCUCUGAUAUCAAGGGUGGACUCAGAUGACACAGCAUUGCAUGACUGCCGCUUGCAACCUCAUUGUGCAGAGGAUUCCAGAGGAGUAGCCUGUUAGUCUAGAGCAGAAGCAACAAAGAAUGGGAGUCUGCAGCCACAGGGGAGCCAAUUACCUUUAAUGAGACCCAGCAGCAAAGAAUGUGUGAAUCAGCCAAGAAACACCAGCUCGUUCAGAGAUAUAUCUAUUUAUGUGCAUAUAUGUAUAUAUGGAGGGAGAGAGGUGCACACACAUGCACACACAUGCACACCAAUCACAUAUAAAAUACAGUAAAUUUAAGACAGUGAAGUAUCCUGAUGUAGACGAGCAAAGGUAAAACACAGAGCAACAACAGUUUUACAACUCCACCAGCAAUAGCAAAAUAAGAACAGAUUGGAAUACGAAGUUUUAAAGGUUUGUGUAGAAGCAACUAAAAUGGGUACAAAACACACCUCCUGAGAGGCGGAGGUCUAUGGAGAUGGGACCACCACCAAUAAGGCCUGUCUCUCAUGUGCCUACUAAUCUAAUUGACCCUGAUGACUAGCUGGCAACAAAGGUCUCUGUAGCUGAUCUUAGGGCCUGGGCAGGUUCAUUGUAGUGCAAGCGAACCGUCAAAUACCCAGGUCACAAGUGAUUUGUGGCUUUAAAGAUAUCCACCUGCACUUUAAAUUGGCCUGAAAGUGCAUCAGCAACCAACACAGCUGAUGCAGAACUAUGACUUAUACUCUGACUACUUGGUCCCCACAAACAGCCAGGAAGCUGUGCCUAGCCAAAACUUCUGAACCAUCUUCAGAGAGACUCCCAUAUUGUACAUUACAGUAGCCUAAUAUAUGUGAAACACUUUGAAUUUUUGAAAAGUUCCUUCUGGAGGAAGGGCAGGAUAUAAACUGAAUGAAUAAUAACAUAAAUGUGUCUGACUACAGGGUGAACUGAGUCUACCAGAGCUGAAAAUUAUGAGGUUGGGGGCAGGGAGAGGUAUUAAGUUCUAAUUCAGGGCAGGGAAAGAAAGAGUAGGCUAAUUACCAUUGUACAUACUUUGAACCCUCAGGAUGGAGCAGACUAUGUGUCCAGUAAAAUAGUUUGAAAGGCUAAGUGAAGUGCACUGUAUUUCUAUACACACAGAAAGCAUAAUUUUGUCAAUUGUUUGAGAAUUAGCAAGAUGCAUUCUAGCACUGCAAAGAAGAACAGCACAAUUUCUACGGGAACAGUCUCACUAAAACAUUAGAUACAGCAGGAACCUGGCAGUGUUCCAGUGAUUAGGGUUGUCAUAUUUCAAAAAGUAAAAACAAAGACAUCCCAAAAAUGUGAUUUUUCGAUUGACUUGCCUAAAAUCCAGAACAAAAAUUCAGAAAUCCCCCCUGGAUGUCAUUUCUGCCUUUGAAAGCCCAGUAAUGUCUGGGAAAAUCCGGGUGUAUGGCAGCUCUACCAGUGAUGGGUAAGCGGGACAGGAAACUACAAACAGAACUGCAACCAAGGAAGACUGGUAGGGGGAAUUAGACAUAUUGUAAACUGAUGGAAUAGUAUCAUCUCAGUAGCAUCUAUUUAUGGGAUAUUGUUGGAAUUUAGUGAGUAUGUAUUUUAAUCAACCAAGGCCUAAACUAAGGUUUAUCUUUUGCAGACUGUUUUGAAGGAGUUGUUUUAUCCUAAGUACUUUCCCAUGAAAGCAUUUGACAUGAUGAAUUUUGUCAAGUGAGUGUCACGGAUAGGAGGAGGAUACAAAUGAUUAUUCGGCUUGGUUAUAAAUGCCAAUCUCAGUGCAGUCAUCAUUAAAUCUACACCAGUUUCAUGAGAAAGCAGGAAGAGGCAUGUUCUAGUGAUAGAUCCAAGGGUAACCAUCUUCUCAAGUGGCUUUUAUGAGAUAAAUCUAUACAAAGGAAACACAAAAGUUUACUAUGUGAAGGCUUAACCUCGGUUUCUUCCUUUUUCUCCUUCUCUAAGUCAAAGAAUACAUUCCAUUGAUGUCAGUGUAUGUGCAUUCCUGCCAAUGUGGGAUUGUGUUCAUGUGCAUCUAGUGCCAUUCUGCUCAUUACCACUUUAAACACUUGUUUUGUAAGCUACAUGGUUUUGGAAUAGAUUAUAAAAAGGGUCUAAUUCACAUAACCUUAUUUUUUGCCUUUUAAAGUCACAUGGAAGUGAAUUUUUGAGAUUUGAAUUUAUUGAGAUGGUUUGGUUGUGCCAACCAAGCUAAGGUAUAUGCCCUUAAAAAUACAGACUAAACUGCAUACCAGGCCACUGCAUAGCCAUAGGUCAACUCUUGUUCUUUUGAACUUCGAAAUGAAUUUUCCCCAAAUACUUAGUAUCAGCUGGUUUGGACAAUGUGUUCUGCAUCUAAUGACAGUCCAUGACAUUUGACUGUUCCAUAAUUACAGCUUUAAAUGAGAAGAUAUUUCAUGGCAAAUGUUGUUGGCAUCUGCCUGUCUUGAGAGGCAAUGGAGUGUACCUCCAGGGAUGAAGUCAAACCCUAUAGUGACCUCUCCGGGGCAUAAGCUUGGACAGUGUAUAUUGUGCCACUAGUUUCUGUAAGGACACAUAUAUAGCUGACAUUUGCACUUACUGGGUGUAAGAUCUAUGACGUGUUACAUGUGUCAAAAGAUGCAUAAGACUUAAAUCUGCUUCCAAUGAAAAUGUGUAUGUGGAGGGAAUCUAUUGCUUCAGUGGAAAUGCCCAUUAGUUUCACUACCUUAACAUCUGUCAAUUCUUUCUAAAGGACUCAUAAUCCUUUGCCAUUUCUACAUAAGAUCCAAGUUAAUUUCUUGAAGGGAGCGUUGUCUAGACUCUUUGCCUCCAUUAAAAAAAAAAGUAACUGCUGGCACUUGGUAGCUUGCAAGACUAGAUAGUCAGGAUGAAAACCUGUGCAGUAAACAUAACACAGCAAUUAGGAGGAGUUAAGUUGCAUUGCUCAAGGGAGGAGCUUCAGUGGAACGGUGUGUGGUAUGAAUAUCCUUGGUAGUGCUUCUGAAAAAUGCAAAAGUAAAAUCUAUAGAUAGGCAGAUUGCCAGAUAUGUAAACUAGUAACUUUGGACACUUCAAACACCUGUGAGUCUACUCUCAUGCAGUUUACAAACAUUAAAAACAGUAGACUGUCUUCUGGAUUAUAGAACUACCAUGUGGUCUAUCUUCUCUCUUUGGGAAAUAAAGGUUUACUUUGAGAUAGGUAUUUUUUUAUAUAUCAGAUUGUAUUGUUUGCCACAUUAAAAUGUCUGAGAAGCUUGUUCCAUUGGGAGUUUUUCUUGGAAAAGGCAGGGACCAGGUGAGUGCUUGAAGAUAGUCCUGUUUUCUGCAAGGGUGGAUGGGGUGCUUGAUGGAUUACACAUGUUCCCUCAUGAAGAGGUUGACGAGUCUUAGCUAGUUCAGGCAGCUUGGCAGAUAAACAAUGCUGGCAACACAUAGCAGAGAGGUUGGCUUAGGGGUUUGCAUUGUUAAAGCCUGUGUUUAGUUUUCAGUGAAACAUGGUCAAUAAAGCAUUUAACUGUGUAUUUCAACUCAUAGCUAUCUUAAAGUGUGAACUAUGUAAUUUACAGGUGCUUAGCACACAUGUCUUCCUUAAGAAGCACAUGUGCUUUAAUAUCUGGCUAAUUAGGGUGGAUCCUCAUGCUAGGUUUGAAGAACGAGAGUGCUCAGAUCAGGACCACAGCAUGAGGGUAGGAGAGCUUUAACCCUUGGCCACUGGUUGACUGCCCCCCCCACUGUCUGCUAUUAGCUUUGGGGGAAAGCUCCUUGCAACUGUAAUAUACUUUUAGAAAGCCACUCAUGCAAUCUGCUAAUUGUGUGAACGGCAUCAAAUCUGGUUUGACCUUUGGUGACCCUUGCCCAAAGGAUGUUUUUCUGCAAGAUGCUUGCUUAGUUUUCUCCUCACAUUUUCCAUUUAGCACAAAAGACAUGAACGAGGGUAUAGCUAUCUUCAGGCUUUUUUACUUAUUUAUUCAUUUACUUAUAUUACAUUUAGAUGUUCCUGCAGACAAUCGGAAGCCACACCUUGGUUUCUGAACAUUUUGGAAGUCGAACGAACUUCCAGAACGCAUUCUGUUUGAAAACCAAGGUACAACUGUAUGCAAUUUUGCCUAAUAUGCACAUUUCUGCAAAGCGGUUUUACCUAAUAUAAUGCAUUUUUGUAUGCUACUAUAUGCACACUUUACCCAGGUAUAUGCAUUUUUGUACACAUUACUUGGGAUGUGGGUGGCGCUGUGGUCUAAACCACAGAGCCUAGGGCUUGCCGAUCAGAAGGUCGGCGGUUCGAAUCCCUGUGAUGGGGUGAGCUCCUGUUGUUCGGUCCCAGCUCCUGCCCACAUAGCAGUUCAAAAGCACGUAAAAGUACAAGUAGAUAAAUAGGUACCACUCCAGAGGGAAGCUAAAUGGCAUUUCCGUGUGCUGUUCUGGUUCACCAGAAGCGGUUUAGUCAUGCUGGCCACAUGACCCAGAAGUUGUCUGUGGACAAACGCUGGCUCCCUUGGCCUAUAGAGCGAGAUGAGCGCGCAACCCCAGAGUCGUCCGUGACUGGACCUAACGGUCAGGGGUACCUUUACCUUUACCUUAAACAUUACUUGGUUGGAGAACUGCAUUGCAAAAUUUGGAGAAGUGCAAGUUUUGAAGAACCAUCUCUUAUUGUUUUGCAAGGUAAGCAUGCUCACCUUUAAAUGCAAACUGAAUCCAAUUUCUUCUUCAUCCCUACCUACAAUGUCCAUCAGCUCCCAGACAGCCCUGUUUUGUAGUCCAAAACAUCUGGAGAGCUCCAGGUUGCUGAAAGCUGCGAUCAAGCAAUGCCUGUAUUGUCAUAGUGUCAAAUUUUCAGUGGAAUCUAAUUUUCAGAAUCUUCAGUUCUGCCGCCAAGUCUAACAUCGACAAGGAACAGAAUGCUGUUUAUGGAAAUCAGUUAUUUUUCCUGUUCAACAAAAAUCAAACAGCAGCAGUUACUGAACAACCUUCUGUGUUUUUACUGGAUAAACAUUUAACUUUCCUUCAGCUGUCCAUGCCAACACCCACAUUGUGUGAUGAGAUAAAUAUUUUCACCUAGACUUUCCAAGCACAACACACACUAAAAAUACCCCUACAUAUUUGUAUCAGCCACAGAUAUUGACAUAGCUAGAGCAUUAAGGAGCUGCCAAGACCAAUUUCCUGUGUUUUCAAAUAAGGAAACAAUUGGAGAUAUUCUGAUUAGAAGUCAGACAACCAGAUCUGGAAACAGCCAUUUAUCUACCGUGAUAGAAAUGGAAGCUUGUACUCCAGUAGAUAACAUGAUAUUCUACAUGUUAGCAAAUAGGGCUGAACCAUGAAACACUUCCCUACUAACCACUGAAAAGGAAUGUUAAAAUAUUCUUUAUUGGUACACAGCAAUAUCUCUUACUCUUUUCAUUUCCUUUUAACAUUGAAAUACUAACCCCUUAUUAUGAAGGCAAUUGUGACAUUGGAUACACUUGGAAAUGCAGAUGGUUGUGUGUUACUAUGUGUUACUAAGUGUGUUGCUAUGGCAUGUAGUGCCCCUCUUCCAGCUUCUGGAACUCUUCCAGCUUUGCCCACUUGGGUAGAAAUCCUCUGCUGGUGGUAGUGCUGCUGGCAGUAACUGGCAGAAAGGCUUGGAACAGGGUGUUUCAGGAUGGGGUGGUGUGGUGGUGACUUUAGAUAACUGGAUCCUGUAGAUCCUCUGAGGGGGCCUAUUCUUGGUCACUUGGGACUAUGCCAGCUUGGAGGUGGUGUGGCAAUAAGAAAACAAAACACUGCCCCCACCUUCUAUAUUAUGAGAACCAGCAGGACUUGGGGUCUAGCACUCCACUACUUCCCAUCCCAUUAGGAUUGCUCUGCCUGAGAUCUGAACCUUCUCAUGCUUAGAGUAGUCUCAUUUACUUCACUGGGAUUACUCUAAGCUUCCAUCCAAUGUUACUUGUUGUUUUUUUCCUUUUUAAACUGCUAAGUUGUGGUCAAGCCAUAAUUCAUUCUUGUUCUCAGAGUCUGAAACAAUCGUUUUAACACAGGUGGGGUUUGGUCCUCACUUUUGAAGGUAAGGUAUUGUUUUGUUCGCUUGCUUAUAAAUGCACAGAUAGAAAGAGUUUAGCUCUUUUGUACUGUGGUUUCUUCAUAAAGUAACAAUGACGAUCAGUUGCUUAGCUCAGGUACCCAGGUACCUCCUCUGCUUUCCCUUCUUCCACCUGAAUUUUACUGCAUAUUACUAAUUUUAAUGAAGGAUUACUUGAACUAUGCAAACCUUGAUAAGUUGGUAAAUGUAUCAUUGGCUAUGGCCAUUCAUUUUUGGUUUUUGAUGACAUAAACCUUUGAUACAUUUAUUACAAACUAGCUGGUAAUAAAUAUAAUAUUGGUUAGUAGAAAUGACAAUUGGGUUUUUAAUUAUAUAAAUCUGAUUCAUAUGGAACUAGGAACUCUUGGCAGCCUAUGAUGGUUGGACCACACCUAUAAAAGGAAUGGUAGUUGCCACUGUACUGGUUUUAUUUUGGGGUGUGUGUGAUGGUAAUAUGGACCUCCAUGUUUUCUUCUUAAUGCCCAUCAUUUAUUCAUUAUUUACCAAUUAUGUAGAUACAUCAAAUAGUUUCCUGGUUUAGAGGUAACUGUAUGCAUUUGCUCUUUAUGCUUCUGAAAUUCCUCAGAAACCACAUCACUGGUGAGGUCCAAGCUUUCAAAUUGGCAUGACCUGACUUGCUGUGUGGAACUCAUCAUAAAGAGUAUCGUUUAACACAUUAUUCAUAAGGAUGAUAUAAAAAUUAAUACAGUGGUAUGCGAUCAAAUACAGAGUGCCCAGCAAUUAAAAUUGAGCACUAUACAAUUGGUUAUUGUAGGACAAUUUUAUUAGCUAGUAGGAGUGUUUUGUAUGCUUGUGAAGCUUUUUUGGGGCAUGAUUAAAGAAGGGGAUUGAACUAUUUUGCCCCACAGCCUUCAGGUACUAAAUGAAUCACUGUGAUAGAAGCUGGGAAUGCUUCCUACUAAGACUACAUGAUUCACGUGAUUACUAUGACAAGAGACAUUUUCCACCCCUUGCAUCACUCCAUGUACCUCCACUACUGUCCCACUGCCACUGAUGUAAAGGAAAGAGAGCAUAUGGUGGGCAUAGCAUGGCUUUUUUUUGUGUAUGGAUGAGAAUAGAGAUAUACAGAUUCUUAUUUCUGAGAAGUUAAGAAAACCCUUGGUUAUACUUUGGAUUGUGCCCAACUAAGUUACAUUCAGAGCAGACCUAUUGAAAUAAAGAGUCCUAAAUUAUUCAUGUCCAUUUAUUUCAAUGGGUGAUUAGGAUUAAGACUGGAUACAACCCUUUGUACCUUGCUGUUUUGUUCUUUCUUUCUAGCAAUAUGCAUCAUACAGCAGAGGAAUCACAUCUAAAAAACCCACACAAACCAUUCCAACUUCACACAUUCAAACAAGCAGUGUUUGCAGGAAUGGGGGAGAAAUUUCAUUAAAUUUGCAUGUAAAGGUGACCUUAUCUAACUUGCAUUUUCUGAAACGAGAUGUGAAUGGAAACACAGCAAUCCUUUGAAAUUUGCUAUUCUUCAUUUUUAUAGUGCAGUUCUCCAGCCAAGCAAUGUGUACAAAAAUGCAUAUAAUAGUGCAAAGUGUACAUGUAAAUGUGAAAACAUACAAAAAUGCACUCUAUCAGGAAAAAAAGGUUUUGCAAAAAUAUGUAUACUAGGCAAAAUUGCACAUAAAUUUGUAUAUUAGGAAAAGUUUGCACUGAUGAUGAUUUUUUUCAUGAGAACCCUUAAAAAACCAAAACUGCAAGCUCAUGUGGAAAUCUGAAUGCAAGUUUAAAAAAAUGAGAAACUUAGAGAAACCGAAAUUGACAUAUUCAUCCAUCCCUAGUGACCUGCCUAUCUUAUUUUCAUACUUCCUGCACAGCAUGUGCCAUGGUGAAUCAAACAUCUCCCCUGUCUUGAAAUGUGUUCGGGGUGCAUGUAGAACCUGCUCAUCUCAUGAGGCAUGAAUUGACACUCCACACAUUACACAUUAUUCAGGAAUUGCAAGCAAGCCCUAAGCACUUUUCUGUUGCUUAAGCAUUGGAAGUGACUCCAAAAGUGAAUGCUACAUAGCAAUAAGAAUGGGCAGCGUACAAUUUGCUAAUGAUACUUAGGAGGCUGAUUGGCCUAUAAUUAGCCGGAUCUGAUCGGCUCCCUUUCUUGAAUAAAGGGAUGAUGAUUGCUAAUCCCCAGUCCUCAGGGAUAGUGGCCGAUUGAUCUAUGCUGGUAAAUAGGGCAGCUAGCACAGGGGCCCACCAUUCAACAUUAGCCUUAAGGAGUUCCGGUGUAAUGUUGUCUACGCCGGGUGCUUUUCCAGGUUUAAGGGAUUGGAUGAGCCUAUAGAUCUUUUCAGUUGCUACUGGGGGCCAUUUGGCGCCAAUAUCACUUGGAGCUGGGGGCAGGGCCUGCAGAUGUUGAUUUGAUGUAUAUAAAGAUAGAAAGUAAGCCUCCCAAAUCCCAACUGCUAUAGUAUAAUCAAUUUCAAUAGGGGAGUCUUGCCAACUUUUCGCGACUAUUUUCCAAAAAGUGGCUGAGUCUUUCCUUCGAGAGGCCUCUAAUAAACGUUGCCACUCCCCCCUUUGUGCCUGAAGUUUUUUCUUUUUAAUCAGAUCUUUAUAUUUACGUUUGGCUUCGAACCAUUCCGCGGGAAGCAAGGGUAAGUUCGCUGAUUUGUAAUUCCUGUACUUCUCCAGCAAAGAACGCUUUGUAGCAAUACAUUCCUGAUCAAACCAGGGUUUGGAUUUGUUGGGGAAUAAAGGUUGGCGCGAUGUCUUUUUUUGAAUCAGGUGGGGUUGCAAAAGUGAGAUCAGAUCCUGGAACAAGAUUAUUCUAGAUUCAGAACAUAGCAAUAAGUUACACAGAGGUGUGGAAGAACUCAAGUCUGCUGAGAAGCUAUAUCCUUUGACCAGGAAGAACUAACCACAGAUGACUGGGAAAUGGAUGCUACUCAGAAAGGGGAGAAAGUGUUUCAGAAUUUGGAACAACUAUAUUCUGUAUCCUUAACUUCAUUUCUCUGAACCCUGUAAUUAAAAGUAAGUUCCACAGCUGAGAUCUGGGAGUUCUUGCUGAGAUUAACUUCUGAUACAUAAAUCCUUAGGAUGGGGAUUGGGAGCCUGUGACCCUCCAGAUGUUCCUGGACUACAAUACCCAUCAUGCCUUACCAUUGCUGGAGCUGAUGGAAGUUUUGAGUGUAACAGCUGCCUUAGAACUUUCAGUUUACAUCUCCAGAGUUCCUAUUCACUACACACACUGUGCUAUCAUUUGUGUCCACUCAGAAGCAAGCCCGAUUGAGUUAAGUGAGGGUUGUUCCCAGAUAAUAAGGUAUAAGAUUGGAGCAGGACCACAGGGAACUGAUAAUUCGCUUUUCAUUGCCAGUGAGAAUCACAAUUGCCAAGCAUUGGGAAGAUUUACAAAUUAAUGACCUUGAAUAUUGAUAUAAAAAGUUGUGGCACAUUGCCCUGGUAGAGACACAAAAGGUGAUAAUUGCCAGGGUACAAAGCACACAGUGAACACAGGAUAAGUUUACUGCUGCAUGGCUUUGCUUUAUUGAACAUACAGGAGUUGGUUGUCCCUCCCCUCUGCAACAUAUGCUUGUUUGUGGUUAUGGUAAUAACUGUUGGUUUGGGAGGAAGUAAAGGGUAAUCUGGAAGCUGUAAGUAAGAUGCUUAUUAAUUUGAAAUUGUCAACAAGCUAUAUUUUAUUUGUUUGCUUGCUCAUUUUCCAGUUGAUGAGGUAAUAGUAUAGUUCAUUUGUAAUAAUCCUUCACCCUACUUUAUGUUUUGUGAUUUGUUUUGUACUGAUUGAAACAGUUUAUUUUCACACACACACACAUUUUUUCUCUUAAAGAUUGAAGCAGCAGCCCCUUUUCUGGUUAUGUAUCCCUGAUAAAUCCCCCCUUUAGAGAUGCCUUGUUAAAAUGUUGUCUGUUUGAGUUGCCAGCAUUGUUGUUCUUUGGGGUUUACCUAGGGUGGCCUUAUGCUGGUUGUAAUCCAAUGACGCCUGAAGACCUAAGGCAAAGAAAUGGUGAGCUGGGUUUUUUAGAUGUACCAGAGUGCAAGGAUUAACAUAUACAGGACAUCAUAUUGUAUUUUUAGACCACCCUUCAAGGGAUUCCAAGGUGGUAUGCAACAGCACGGCAUCAUAUAACACAUGUAUUUAAACCAUAAACACUACCAUCUCAGUAGUUCAAAAACAAACAAAUAAACAAAACAAUCCUGCUGUGAUCCAAACAGAAUUUAGCUCACCCUUCCCGGAAGGGACAAGUAUGCCUUUGCUUGGCAAUAAAAGGAUGAUGAAGGGGACAAAUGGGAAGGAGUUCUGUAACCAGACUGCCAUGAUAGAGAAGGCUGCCAUUUCACGUUGCUUUUUGGGGAAGUUGCAAUGCAUCUAUCUGCCUUUCAUGUAAAAUGUCUCGGAUUUAAUCUGUGCCAUCUCAAAGUAAAGUCUGGGAAUGGCCCCUGCCUGAAAUCCUGGAAUGCCAUUGCCAUUCAGUGCAGACUAUAGGCUUCAAGCAGUGGCCACGAGGCCCUACCAUGUGGGUUGCAAGGCAACACUAUUUGGGUCACAGCAAAGCUUCCACAGCCACAUUGGAUUCCAGCUGACCAGACCAGAGGAGCAUUGCAUAUGGGACUGGACUAAGAUGCACUCAUUUUAUCAAUGUCCACAAGUGCUGCAAUGUGGCAGGAGAAAAGCCUGAGCCAUUUUAAAAUAAGAUACAUAUUUCUUGCCAACUACAUGCUCGCUCCUUUCCGUUGCCACAUUGCAGAACUGUUUUUCAUUUAGUAGUAUUGCUAAGGUAUAUUGCUUUGUGAUUUGCCAUUUUAGUAUUAAUAAUAUGUAUUAUUAGCACUAUUAUGUAUAAAGAAAAUGUGAAAGUGGGUCUCAUGUUGCAGUUUGGGAGUCAGAAGCGGGUCUUGGGUCUAGACUGAAGGCCACUCUUCCAACACAAUACUGACCUACAUAGACCAAUGGCCUGAUUGAGCAUAACACAGCUUCUUAUGUUCAUUCAGGGCUGUAGUUGCUAUAGAGAGUGUUGAAUUGUGGGGCACAUGUUCUUCUGGUAUUUCUUUAACUCAAAGGACACUCACCCUCUGUAAAUCAUGGAAGGACAGGAUGCUGCACACACAAAAAGAAUACAGUAUGAAAACAGGCAGAGUAGAGCCUUCAGGCAUGUUACAAGGAGAGUUGGCUGUUCAGCAGCAAUUUUUCAUAUAAUGGUGCUCCAGGUGUGUCACUAUUUCCCUAUCUGAAGUCUUGGGUGGUUAUGAUUCAAUGAUCUAAAAUGGCUACCAAUGAUGAAGUUCUAAUGCCCUGAAUCAAAUUUUACAGGUUCCACAAUCAAAUUCACGCAGCAUAUGAAGUUCUAACAACCUAAAUGCAAUCUUCAUGCAGAAUUGAGCCAGCUGCCCUUUGAUUCCAAUGAACACAGGGUGUGUUGGAUACCAUGCAAGUCUUUCUUUUCCUUUGCAGCCAGGCCAAAAUAUUACUACCUUCUUUUCUUAGACAUCAUUUUCUGAGUCAUGAGGUUGGCCUUCUCAAGCUUUGACACUACCAACCUGAAAGUCAUGGUCCUUCAAAGCAAGGCAGUCUAAAAAGCACCCCUUCUUGCUUAUACUGCUCCUUUAGAAAUGUUUCUACUGGAUGGAAUGAGGCACACCCAUCUCCUUAAGGGCUGAGUUAUCCAAACACACCCAGUAGAUGAAACAAAUCCAGAUUAGGAAAAGAAGCAGCAACUCUCUGGGCAGGCCUAACCUGCUCUUCUGCUCUUUGCUUAACCUAAAGACGAUUUUAUUUUUAAAAAUUAUUAUUAUUAACUGUCAUGUUUCUGUAUUGUCUUGUCCCCAUCCUCUUAUUCUAAAAAUACAUAAAUCUCAACGUUCAUGUAAUGUUACGUUUGGAAGGUUAGCUGACAGUUAUUGGUUGCUGUUGUUAUUGUUUGGCUUUAGUUUUCUUUGCUCCUUUUAGGUACAUUUUGAAACUUUCCUCACUUUCAAAAUCCAUGGAGACAGGCCAGGGUGAGACUGGUGUUUAAGAAAAAGGGCGGUUCUAUAAUCCUUCUGGGUUAAUGUUAAUUUACAUGGAGUUCAUGUAAAUGAGCUCCCUUUCCAAAAGGUACUGUAUUAUGUUGUAGUAGAAUGGUUCUGGAUCACAUAAGACAUGAACCCAGAUCAUGAAACUGCAGUAAUGCUGUGCCUGUUUCAUCAUCCUAGAACUAUGCCUUAAAAGAAUUGUAAAACACAAUAUUAAGGCAAUGCACUGAUGCAAAAUGCAAGUUAAUGUAUUGCUGUUGCUACUGCUGUUAUCAGAGGAGAAAUUCUAAAGGUAUUGUAUUACUUUUAAAAGUACUGGAUUACUCCUAUUACAGAAGUAGGUUUUUUUUACAUGAAUGACCUAAUGUUGGGUACCAGUUUUAUAGCUAACUUUCUUUCUUCCCUGAAUAGGCUCAUGUGCUCUUUUUUUAUCUCAAGCGCAGAGUAAACCUAUGCAUAUUCACUUAGAAAAAAGUCCCUCAGGUAAAUGUGUAUAGGAUUGCAGGCUCAAUCACACAGAAAAGUGAAUAUAAAUAUUAUAUUUAGCAAAUGCCCUUAAUAGUGAUGCUCAGUGCUUUACUUUCACCCAGCAUUUGCUCCAAAGGCUCUUGAGCAGAGGUGAUUAACCUGUGGCCUUCCAGAUGUUGUUGGACUCCAAUGUCAACUGCUCCAGCCAGAAAUGCCAAGUGGUUAAGGAUUAUGGGAGCUGAAGUCCAGCAAAACAUGGAGGGCAAAGGUUAGCCACACAUGCUCUAGAGACUGCAUCUUCUAACUCAUAGAGAAAGCAAUAAAAAAGUUCCAGUGUUGAAUUUAGUGUUGAACUUGGUCAGACAUUUAGACCUACUAGAGUUAGUGGUACUAAAUUUGCUUUAUUCUUAAUAAAUUAUUGAUUGAGUUGUAUGCAUCCCACUACUUUACAGACCAGGGUUGGGGGAACCUGUAGCCCUGUAGAUGCUAUGCAAAGGUCUUCUAUUGUUUCUGAUCCCGCCCCCCUUCCCAUAAUCUGCACCCCCUGUACUGCAUUGCAUGCCAUUCUAUCUUUUCAGACAGAGCUGCACCAGAGAUGUGGAAAAGACCCACUGCAUAAGUAGAAUUGUGCCUGCAGUUGUUAGGCUCCAAGCCCCUACGUAUUCAUUACUAUGAAAUGACUGCUUAUCAUGGGUAAAAUUAUGCAUGUCUUCUUGCAUUUAUUUUGUAGACACAAAACAGAAGGUCACAGAAAACAGAUUUCUAGUGACACCCAGUCUCAGUUAUCUAAGGCUCUCCUGGAAGAAGGCUCCAAAUCAAUCAUUUCCUGAUGUGAAGUCUUCUGGAACAUGUCCCCGCAAAAUGUUAGUUUGCUCAGAAUCCUAAAAUCAAUAUUGUGGUUUCAUAUUCAGUCCAAAACACACACACACACACACACACACACACACACACACUUCAAUGGUACUUGCUUAGAAAUGGAUAUGCUUAUGAGUGGAAUGUCAAUGUACUGUGUAUGGACUAUGAAGAUUUACUGAACAAAAAGAAAUGAAAUAUGACAAUAAGAGCCAUCAACUAUUCUUUUAAUGAUGAUAAAGACUGUCCACAAGAGAUGUAUUAUCUAUAUGUAUAACACCAAUCCCCAGUAUUCCACCAUUCUCUAGAAGUAUCACAAUUCUAGUAUCCUAUGAUGAAGAAUCAUAGCCCAUAAUAUGGCUAUGCAGAACCAAGAAUAGGGCUAUGCAGACAGGAACAUAUGAUAAUAUCUGGGAUCCCUAGGAAGCAAGGAGCAAAUUUGAUCUCUUUCACUAGUGUACCCCAUACAUUCUUCCUGUUGCAAGAGGGAAGUGCUAUUUUCUCCAGUCUUAAGCACUGGGAAUGGGAAAUUAAGCACUGUGCCCAGGAGCACUGAAGUAGAGGUUGAAAAACACAUCUGACAGUAGGUGAUGAGUUCUCACUAGAGAGAAUCUGGGGCAGGGAACUUCAGGCAAAUACCUUCCAUAUUUCUUGUCAUAAUGGCAGGAAUGUUGCUGUUGUUGCUAGUCUCAUAUAAAUGAUAGGAAGCAAGAAUCAUCAAACAAUUAGGAAUUCAUGGCACAAACUAUGUAUCAUAAUGAUUUCAGAAAGCAUCUAAAUGAAUAAAUAUGAAAUCUGUGCUGAAACCAACAUGCACAGGCAAGUUUGAGCUUAGGUAGGAUAUGGAUCAAUUGCAAAGAACACGUCAAAGAAGGUAGUAAAAUAAUAUACACAGAACCACACCUUUUUUCGAGUCUUCAGAUACAGAUGACAUACAUGGCUCUUAGUUCUAUAUAAGUCAUAAGCACAGUAUUUCCAGUGAAUAAAUUAAUAUUGGGAGAGAAGCUCAACCUCUUUCUCCUCUUCUUCAAACAAUAAAUCAAACGAACCAGCUUAUCUAGCUGGUUGUAAUACAAAUAAAGAAUGUCUGUUCAAGAUGCCUUGGAUGAGCAAGAUUCUCCUCCAGGCUGGAUUACUGCAGUGUGCUGUAUGUAGGGCUGCUUUGAAGACUGUACAGGAACUUAGAAUCAUAGCUGAAAGAGACACAAGGGUUAUCUAGUCCAACCCCCUGCAAUGCAGGAAUCCCAACUAAAGCAACCAUGACAGGUGGUCAUCCAACUUCUGCUUUAAAACUUCCAAUAAAGGAAAGUCCACAACCUCCCGAGGGAGUUCAUUCCACUGUGUGACACCUUUUACUGUCAAAAAGUUAUUUCUGAUGCUUAGUCAGAAUCUCCUUUCUUGUAACUUGAAGCCAUAGAUUCAGGUCCUACCCUCUGGAGCAGGAGAAAACAAGCUUGCUCUAUCUUCCACCUGACAGCUGUUAAGAUAUUUGAAGAUGGCCACCAUCUCUCUUCUCAGUCUCCCUUUUUCAAGGCUAAACAUACCCAACUCUCUCAAGGGUUCUUCUUAAGGCUUGGUUUCCUUGAUCAUCUUGAUUGCCCUUCUCUGCACACAUUCCAGCUUGUCAAUAUCCUUCCUCAAUUGUUGUGCCUAGAACUGGAAGCAGUGCUCCAGGUGUGGUCUGAGGCAGAAUAGAGAGUUCUUUUACUUUCCUUGAUCUGGACACUAUUCUUCUGUUGAUGGAGCCUAGGAUAGCAUUAGCAUUUUCUGCUGCUGUAUCACACUGUUGACCCAUGUUAUACUUGUGGUCUAUUAAGACCCUCAGAUCCUUUUCACAUGUAGUACUGGCAAACCAGGUGUCUCUCAUCUUAUAUUUGUGCAGAUGGUUAUUCCUACCUAAGUGUAGAACCUUACAUUUGUCCCUAUUAAAUUUCAUUUAGUUAGUUUUAGCCCAGUUCUCCAAUCUGUUAAGGUCAUAUUGAAUCCCAAUUCUGUCUUCUGUGGCAUUCACUACCCUUCCCUGUUUGGUGUCAUCUGCAAAUUUGAUGAGCACCCCCUCAAUACCUUCAUUCAAGCCAUUUAUAAAUAUGUUGAACCACCACGAGCCCCGGACAGAACCCUGCAGCACCUCACCUGUCCCCUUUUUCCAGGAUGUUGAGGAACCAUUAGUUCUAGGAUCUUUCCUGGUAUCAAUGUUAAGCUUACCAGUCGGUAGUUACCUGGGUCUUCUUUCACUCCCCUUUUGAAGAUGAGGACAUCAUUUGCCCAUCUCCAGCCUGCAGGGACCUCACUUGUCCUCCAAUACUUUUCCAAGAUUAUAGGCAGUUCUGCUUUUGAUCUUUGAAAACCACAUACAGUACCGCUCAGGACGCUUGCACCAUCAGUAGAGCAUGAGACUCUUAAUCUUAGGGUUGUGGGUUCGAACUCCAUGUUGCGCAAAAGAUUCCUGCAUUGCAGGGGUUGGACCAGAUCUCCUUAUUUGUGAGUGGCAAGUUAACCAAGUAAUUUUCAGAGAUAUAUGCCUUUCUUUUGCACAUAACUCUUGCAAAAUAAGCAAAUGGGUGUGUUUUAAAUGAAAAAUAUGUGGUGGUAACUGAGCUUCUUGGCCUAUCAAGUGUAUUCUACAUAUUUUUCCAAAUGGCUUGGAAAAUUUGCAUGGAAUCUGCCUUAGAUGAAUCACAUCUCUUGCAUUUAUCAGUGCUAGUUAAGUAAAGCUUAGUUGGCUUGUGCACCAUUUGCUUAUAAGAUUCAUUAAGUUAGGGCAUGUAAUUAACAGCUGAAAUUCAGAUUUUGUUUGUAAAUGCCUAUAUUUAAGUAUAGGUUGAUUUAUAAUAUGCCUUAGCUGAAAAUAUUGGAACAUCUGGAUGAUAUACAUUCAUUCUAUUCUUUACUGUCUCAUACGAUAUCACAUAUUUUUCCAUCACCAAAAUUUGCAAUUAAGUUAAAGGUCAUAGUCCUACUGGACAUAUGAUAAACCUUGUAAUUUGAAAGUUUCUUUUACAGUGGUACCUUGGGUUACAUACGCUUCAGGUUACAUAUGCUUCAGGUUGCAGACCCCGCUAACCCAGAAAUAGUACCUCGGGUUAAUAACUUUGCUUCAGGAUGAGAACAGAAAUCGUGCUCCAGCGGCGCAGCGGCAGCGGGAGGCCCCAUUAACUAAAGUGGUGCUUCAGGUUAAGAACAGUUUCAGGUUAAGAACGGACCUCUGGAACAAAUUAAGUACUUAUCCCAAGGUACCACUGCAGUUAUAAUUCUUUCCUCAAAAUGUAAAAAUUUGCAUAACUUAUACUUUAUAUUGAUGUUAAACUAACUUUUGUCCCUCUUUAGCUUCCUUGUACAAUUUUGAUCUUUUUUUUUUUAAAAAAAGGAGGCAAGAUAUGUAAGCCACAAAGAGAGUAUUUUACUGGGCCAUUUAACUUCUGGAGAAAAAAGAAGCCUUCCAUGUGUUUUUUAAUAUAAGCAAAUUAUCUGUGCAAGUAAUUAAGUAAGAUUUUUCUGUGCAAAUCCCAUGGGAGUGAAGAAACAACUAGUGCCAUCAUCCCUAGUGGGACUUGUUCUAUGUUCACGCAAGGCAUGUGGGGCUAAGAAGCCCUGUAUGUAAGCUGCUCACUCUAUUCCAAAAGUCUUAAAGAAAAAAUGGGGGAGGGAUGAAAGAUGCAUAUAAGAUUUCGGCCACCAAAUAAGUACUUUUAAAUGUUUUUUUCCAGGCAGAUUUUUAAGGAUGUGACAUCAAAAAUCUGCCUGGAAACAGGUUGAGGCAGACUAUAUUCUAUCCCCUGUGAGAUCUGAGAAGGACCAGACUUUAAUGGGUCUCGUGGUUUACAGGUGGUUUAUUCUCUAGUAUUCUAAUGUUAAUGCUCUUGUCUAAAACUAUUUGAACCAUGAUUGCUUUGCCAAGUGUGUGUACGUACAGUACCUUUUAAUUUCAGAGCAGUCAGUCAUUUUUUUUUAUUAAGUGUUUGUUCCUUCUCCAGUUCUUAAAGCAAUUAUCUGAAUCUAGAUAAUCCAAAACAGGUUAUAAAGGAGAUAUGUGCAUGCUUAAUAACCACUUAUUACAGUGCCAUACCUUUAAUCAAUGUGAAAUUAAACAGUUUUUGUUAAUUUUGGUAAAUUGGUUCUAUCCCCUCACAGUGUUUUAUGCAAUGGAGAUUUUAGGGGUUCUCCUAAAAUUGCAAUACUGAGGAAUCUGGAGUCCAUGUCCAGUGUACUAAAGUAGCAUUCAUGGCUCAUAGAAGAUGUUCACAUUUAGAACCAACAACCCACCCCUAUUUCUUCAGCAUAUAAAUCCUUUGCUUGUUUCCCCCCCUUAUUUUAGAUAUACUUUUAUAUAAGAUAUUGCCCCUUUUUGAUUUGCUGGUUUGUUAUCCUAACUGAAAGAGUCCAAUUCUUGAUUUUUAAAAAAACCAAUAUUGGUAUGAAUACCAUUUUAACCAUAGUUAUUCUUCCUGGAAAAUAGUUUCCCCUAGUGUAUUAUAAAACCUUCACACUCUCUAUAAAAGGAUUCCUGACUAUUUGCACGGCGACCACAAAUUCAAGCUCAUUCAAUUGAAAAGUGGGAUAUAUGUGCAUUUAUAUGAAUGAAUAAAAUUUCAUUCUCCUCUUACAUUUAUAACAAAUGGAAUUGUGAAUAUUUUGUGCUUUGAUAAUAUUACUGCCAAAAGCAAAGUCCCUUUACAAUGGCCAGGUAUGAUAGGAGUUGUUAUCCAAAGUAUCUGGAAAGAUCACCAAAGUUGAUUUAGUUAGUGCUCUGAAGCUCCUCUUUUCUGAAGAAAGGAACACCCACCAUCAUUUACAAAUCAAUAGGUUUAUAAGGAUGAUAUUUAAAUUAAUCAAUAUUCUUUGAAUAAAGGACAUCUGAAAACCCUUGGUGAUGAAAAGGAAGGCUAGAGCUUCUUCUAUAAAUAGAAAAGAAUUGUUUAUAUUAAUUUAAUUGGGAUCCCGGCAAUCAAGAAAGAUACGGUAAAUGAGACAAAGCUGACUGGGGAGCAUGGUCCUUGAAUGGGGAGGCCAGGAUCUUUGCACUGGUCUUGGCUGAAAGCUCACUGCUUCAGCCUCUAGCUUAAGAUUCUAUGAAACCAAGAAUUAUUUGUGUGAAACCAAAAACAAUUUAGUCCUAAGCAAUUGGGAAGGGAAGGGCAAGCCCAGGAGCCCAAUCCUUCCAACUUCUCCCUCUCCCCCAGCAUUUCACCAGGGCAAGGAAAGUCUGAAAUGAAAUAGAGCACGUUCCACAAGUCUCUUUCAGGACAAGCCCCAUGACAUUUAGCAAGAGAGCUGAAUUAAUAACCCGGCCCUUCUUAGACAGCAAAAGCUUUAAGUGAAAGGGAAGAAAAGGAAGAAAGUUGCAUUCACUUUUUGCACCAUAUACUCGCUGCUGCUGCCUUGCAGUGUUUCCUUUCACCCUGACUCCUCUGGGGACUAUCGCCAGACCCAGCAAGUCAGUAGCCAGAAAAGCCCUGCAGCCCAUUUAAUUUCUAUACUGGAAAUGGUGCUACUAGCUGCAAGAUGGUGUAAAGGCAGCAUCUUAUGUAGAGCUAUCUGGCUACAGCUUCUCUUCAGUCUACUGGUGAGUAGAACAGAAUGUUGAAUUGGUUGUUUAUCAAUAGUAAGUAGCCAGAAUUCAUCGUGAAAUAAAGGGACCAAAUAAAAUCUAUGUAGAUAUUUGUAUUUAACUAUUCUCUGCCAAAGACUACGGCCAUUACAGAGCUGUUCUCUGGAGUAUGGUGAGAAUAGUAUGUGCUAAAAUAAAGAACAUCUGCUUUAUUUUAUGUAGCUGAUGUAUUUUUAAAUAUGUUGCAUGUCUUAGUACAGGAGAAAUCCCUUACACUGACUCUUGGCAAUGCUGAAUACGAAACAGUUGCUAUUAUUAUUUAAACUUAUUGCAACAAUUCCAGUAUGCCUUUCUAAUUGUCAAAAUAACACUGAAAGUCUAAAGAUCAUUGUGGGGUCCUAUUUAUUGUUUUUAAAAAGGUAUGCUAAUAAGCUGAUUACAUUUAAAGUAGUUGAUGCAUGGAACUGUUUGGUACAGUUUAAUGGAAUCACUGUGCUCCAGCAUCAGGAAUAUUAAUUUUGAUUUAAGGAACUUUAAUACGCUGAUAUCAACAAACUUUUGAGAGGUCUGGAAACUUACCAUCACAGAAAAUGUCUAAGCCUGAAAUCCUGUGCCCAUUUAUCUGGGAGUAAGCCCCACUGAACUUAAAUGAAUUUACUUCUGAGUAGAUAUGAAUAGACUUGUGCUCUAAGUGUUCUAUAUUAAUUUCUUUGCAUCAGGUAUUGGCUCUCUUUAGAAUUUUUUAGAAGGGGAAAUACUCAGUGACAGAUAAUAUCAGCAGGAUUGUUUCUGCAUUUGUACUGAAAUAUUAUAAUAAGGAUUAUGCUAAAAUAAAUGAGUUUUUAUUUGAUUCUUUGGGCAAAGUCCUAGUUAAAUGUGUGUGUGGGAGACGGGACAAUUUCUGUUUUUGUUAAAUUCUCUUGUAUUUAUUUCUUGUGGGAAUUUAUGGUCAGUAAAUUAUUGCUGAGAUCCUAUCCUGGCUAUGUAUUGGAAGUGGUUUGUAAUAUUUAAUAAUAAGAUUGCAGAUACACUGCUCUAGAGAUAUUUAUGGUCAUUCCGAACAAGGAAUCUGUUUUGUUACUCUAUUUACAUAAAAUAAAAAAUGAGAAGAUAAAGCAGAGAGGGUGGCUCCAGUUCCCAUCAGCCCCAAUAAACAUGGCCAAUUGUCAGAAAUGAUGGGAGUUGUAGCCAAUAAAGGCCACAGAUUUCCUACCCCUGAGGCAAAGGAAAUGAGACUGGGGCCAGACCACAUAUCAGGAGAAAUUUGGUUCGGUGUUAGAACUUGUACUAAAUAAAAUAAAACAAAAAGAUGGAGAUAAGGAAUUUAUGGAAAACCUGGCCAUGUCAGAGUCACAACAGGAGUGCAAUAUGUAAUGCACAUCAUCACAUUUAGGAACUUCCAGGAAAAGACUCGUAUCCUUUCACUUCAGUCAGUUCAAACCAUUAGGAAGGCAUAUGGUAUAGGUCAUAUAUGACUGUACAACUUCUGAAUUAAUGUGGGGCAGUGGUUGCUUGUUUUUAGUUUUGGCUGAGAUCUACAGGUUUGUGUCUGACUCUUACACCUUGUUUGGGCCUUUGGAUUGAAAAACUAUUGACCAGUUGCAAAUACCCCCUUUUGGGAGAAGGUGAUAGAGGCUGUGGUGGAGUAGCUGCACAUUUUUGGAGGACACAGAUUAUCUAGGCCACAGAACCAAGUUGCUCUUGGUCGUCUCGAUGGAUGACCUCUGCAGAGAGUGUGACCUUGCUGCUGCUUCUUGAUCUCUCAACAGCAUUUGAUACCACCAACCAAGGUAUCCUCCUGGAACAACUCCAGGGAAUGGGAAUUGGAGGCACCAUAUUACAGUGGUACCUUGGUUCUCAAACUUAAUCCAUUUCAGAAGUCCGUUCCAAAACCAAAGCAUUCCAAAACCAAGGUGUGCUUUCCCAUAGAAAGUAAUGCAAAAUGGAUUAAUCCGUUCCAGACUUUUAAAAACAACCCCUAAAACAGCAAUUUAACAUGAAUUUUACUAUCUCAUGAGCCCAUUAAUCCAUAAAAUGAAAGCAAUAAACAAUGUACUGCAGUCACACAAUCAAUCAAUCAGUAGCUGAACUGGGUUCCACACAGUCACAAAAACAAAACAAAAAAGCCGCAAAAAUAAAAAUGCAAAAUAAAUGACAAAAACAGACAGACCUCAGCGUAACACCCAAAAUGGAAGUGCGGCACUCAAAUCAGAAGUGUAACAUUCAAAAUGGAGCACGUUUGGCUUCCAAAAAAUGUUCGCAAACUGGAACACUUACUUCCGGGUUUGCAGUGUUUGGGUUCCAAGUUGUUUGAGUACCAAGGUGUUUGAGAACCAAGGUACCACUGUACAGUGGUUCUGAUCCUACCUUUGGGACCGAGUUCAGAGAGUAGCAUUGGGAGAUAGCACUUAUCUCCACUGCUAUUUAACAUCUACAUGAAGUCACUGUGAGUGGUCAUUAGGAGUUUUAGAGUGAGAUGCCAUCAGCAUGACACUGAGCUCUACUUCUUAAUAACAUCUGAAUCAAGAGAGACCAUGCAGUUCCUGGGCUACUGCAUGGAUACUGUGGUGAGAUGGAUGAGGGAGAACAAGCUGAACUUGAAUCUUGGCAAUGUGGAGGCACUGUGGGUGAGUAGUUCCUGGGUCUGAGAAAUUGGCCAAUGGCCUACCUUGGAUGGGGUUGCACUCCCUCUUAACAAGACGUAAGGGGGUGGCAGGAUCUACAGAUCUGGUCUCCGAGGAAUGAAUCACCUAUUGCUGCUGCUAUAGUGCUACUGGCAGUUGCAGCAUACUCACUGGAAGCUGGAUCUUCCUCCACAGUGGCCCUUCUAGGAGGCACUGCUGGUCUCCUUCCACCCUGCUCCCAAUGUUGCUAUUUAUCUCACCCUUGUUCCUGAUGUAGAUCUUCACUCCCUCUUCUUCCCUGGUGAUGGGAGGGGGCCACCAUUUUGUGAUUUGCCUCAGGUGCCAAAAUGACUUGGGCUGGCCUUGAAGCAGCAGGUUCACAGUUUGGGAAUGCUUCUAGAUCCAGCUCUGUCACUGGAGGCUCAGACAGCUGCAGUGGCUAGAAGUGCCUUUUACCAAGUGCAGCUGGUUCAACAGCGACGGCCAUUUCUGGACCAGGAAAGCUUUGCCACAGUAGCUCAUGCGCUGGUAACUUCAAGACUGGACUAUUGCAAUGUGCUCUAUGUGGGGGCUUCCCUCACACUUGAUCCUGAAGCUGCAGCUAGUGCAGAUGUUUAUAAAGUUUGUAAGAGUUUUAAUAUUUUUAGUCUUUUAUUGUGGUUUUAACCUUUUUAUGUUUUAAAUUACAGUUGUAUAAUUUUUAGUUAUAAUUUCAUUGUUUUAUCCUUUUUGUAAACCACUGAGGUUUUUUCUACAAGCAAGCAGUAUAUAAAUAUUAUGAAAUAAAUAAAUAAAUAAAACAAAGGGAAACUUUGUAACACAUGGUUUGCAAUAUAUUUUCCCCCAGUCCAUUCACACAUCUUGAAUGUGAUUAGAUGCUGAAUGAUACAUCAUUUACUUUAUACCACAACUAAUAUUCUCUUCCUGCAUUUGCUUGCUUUAAUGAUGUCUCUUGCAAGUGCAAUACAAAUAUUGGUGGCUUGUAAUACUAAUCUGAAAUAUGAUACAAGAAGUCUGGCUUCCAAAGUUCUUCUCUAAGUAUUACAAAAGAGAGCACAGCAGAGGUUAUAUUUUCUGAGAAUCCUCCGGAAAAACAAUCUCUCAAAGGACCUGUUGAUGGCAUUUUACCAUUGCACUGCGGAGAGCGUAUUAACUUAUGGUCUCUCUGUGUGGUUUGGGAGCUGCACGGCCAGGGAAAAACCAAUGCUAUCCAGGGUUGUAAAGACUGCAGAGAGAAUAAUUGGGUGCACUCUUCCCACCUUAGAUCAAAUCUAUGCUGCCAGGUGCCAUAAGAAAGCGGCAGAGAUAGCGCAGGAUAGUACGCACCCCGGAAAUGAUCUCUUUCAGCUUCUGCCUUCUGGAAGAAGGUAUAGGGUUAUAAAUGCCAGGACUAGCCGCCUGAGAAACAGUUUCUACGCAAAUGCAAUUCUGGUUCUAAAUGCAGCAUAAGGGGUCUCUAUAGUAUAGUGUAUUUUAAAAUGGGGUUUCAGAGUUUUGAGGGGUUUUUGAAUGUUUUAUGUAGUUUUUAUGUAGUUUUAUGUAGUUUUUAUGUAGUUUUAUGUAGUUUUUCAAUUUCAUUGUUCUGCAUGGGACAAUGACAAUAAAGAUACUGCAUAUCGUAGAAUAUACAUCCAGCUUCCUGCCGACUCCCUUACCCACUUGCAGCUUCAGAAAUGGUGGAAUGGAAAAAGGAAGCGGGUCCCUCUCCAUUCUUCCCUGGUUCCUGACUAACAGCCAUAGCAGCAAGUCAAGCAUAGCAGAAAGAGUGAAGAGGGAGAUACACUCCUGUCACUCUUGCUUCAUGACCCCUCUUCUUUCACCAUUGUAGGAACACCAAACCUAGUUAGUGGGCAAAUGGGAGAUGGCUUGCAAACAGAUGGUAAAUUCAUGGGAAGAAGGAAGGGAAUUAAGGGGUUCACUGGGCUGGGGGAAACUGUUGCAUUCCUGAAAAUAUAAUUAGGAAUAUGAGUGAUGGGGUCUGUUGAUCAAGCUUGAGUUUUUUUUUUCCAGUUUUGAGGGAAACUGUUCCAUAUUCCAAGCCCAGUUUAUUUAUUUAUUUCACUACAUUUAUACAGUACAGUGGUGCCCCGCAAGACGAAUGCCUCGCAAGACGGAAAAACCGCUAGACGAAAGGGUUUUCCGUUUUGAAGUUGCUUCGCAGGACGAAUUCCCCUAUGGGCUUGCUUCGCAAGACGAAAAUACCUUGCGAGUCCUGAGAUUUUUUUCGCUUUCCCCUCCCCCUUUAUCUAAUCUGCUAAGCCUUUAAUAGCCUUUAAUAGCCUUUUAGCAGCUAAUCCCCUAAGCCUUUAAGCCUUUAAUAGCCGCUAAACAGCUGAUAGCGCUAAUAGCGCUAAUCCGUCAAUGGGCUUGCUUCGCAAGACGAAAAAACCGCUAGACGAAGACUCUUGCGGAACGGAUUAAUUUCGUCUUGCGAGGCACCACUGUAUAUCACUUGACUGCAAUAAAAUCUCUAAGCAGUUUGCAAAAUUCCAAGGACAAUAUACUUUAUUACUAAUAUGUUUAAUUCUCUCUCUCUCUUUGUGUGUUAACUUUUAGUAGAGCCUUCUAGUAGAGUCUCUUAUUUGGUGUAAAGGAACCUGAAGCAACAUAUAUUUUGAAGAUAUACAAGAUCUAUUAAUGGACAUUUUGCUUCUCAGCUGAACCCUUUACAAUUCACAGGUCUAUUGAAUUUGGGGUCAGCAAAGAAAUUUGCUGGAAUGAGGAAUACAGGAUUGGGAUAUGAGAACUCUACAGUUCCACUGAUGUAGACAUUUGUUGUUAUCAAAGCAAACUAACUGCUGAAUACUUUUAGAAUUUAAAUAACAAGCCAAUCAAUACAAAGUUUGUAUUGAAAUAAUUUUGUUGCUUCAUGAAAAAAAAGAAUGAUUUAAUGUUUUGGUCUCUCUCUCUCUCUUUAAGGUACUGAGUUUAUCUUCUGAAGCUUGCAAGAAAGUAACUUUUAAUGUCCCUCAUAAACUAAAGGCAGGGGCAUUUGUCGGCCAAGGUGAGAAUCCAAGAAUGUGUUAUUGCUGUUGUUGUCAAAUAUGUACUAUUUGAAAACCAAUAAUAUAUAGGCAAAUUAAAAUUUAACCCGAGUUGUUUCAGAUUCUGGAGUUCAAAUUCUAAGGUUACCUAAAUUAUCCUACAUAUUAUGCGAAUUGUACAGAUCUGGAGGACAAUAGGCUAUGGGGAGUGCCCAGAUCACCUGUGCCAUCAACAGCUAAGCAAUUUGUGGCCAGGGCAGUGGGGACUCCUCUGCCUGUCUAUCAUAAAUUUGAUUUGGCACUAAAUAUAGUUUCAGACACCUUUGUUUGGAAUUACGUCUUUGUAAACUAUUUUUCAACUAGUCCUUUAAAUUUAUAUUUUCCUACAGUAAACAUGAAACAGUGUCUUAAUCAUUCUGAAAUUAUUUACUCAAACAAUCCCAAUUUCACAAUUCAAGAAGAUGGCUCAUUGUAUACAACAAGGGAUGUUUCCCUGACUUCCCAUGAAAUCAUCAUCACCAUAUUUCUUAAAAGCAAUCAUGAACAGGAACAAAAGAAGAUACAUAUUAGUUUGCUCACACAUUCAAAAAAGGUAAGCAUAUCUGAUUUGCAUCUUAUCCUGCUUUUUUCUGCUCUUUUCACUUCUUCCUCAUCUUUUAGUGCUGCUGUUUUACUUUGAAGGACAAUUUUCAUGACUCUGUGAUCAGAAUCUGAAUGUGUAUUGUUGGAAUCUUCUCCCAAAUUACUGCUAAAUAUUCCACUAAAAACAGAACUGAUAAAGCACAGAUAAAAAUAGAAAGUUAUAACCUUGAUCAAUGACAUAAUACAAAUUCAACAUGGAAGAAAAAAAAGAAUUUAAUGGACAUAGCGCUAGGACAAAAAUACUAGAUUUGUUUCACGUGACAUAAGAAUGCUACUAUUCCCAUAUGCUACAAUUAUCCUAGAAGUCAGGAAGUCUUAUUAACUGUUAAAAUAUUUGUAAUUCUAGCAGAGAGAUAGACUCAGAGGGACUGAAAAAUAAAGUGAUGCAACACAUAGGGUGGCAUCCAACUUAAUCAGAGGAGACCCAUUGAAAUCAAUGGAUUUAGGUGCCUUGAGUAUGACUUGGCUGAAUACUGCUCAUGAUUGCUAUUGUUGUUUGCUUAGUUAUCUCUCCCGUUCUCCUAGGUCCCAAUAGCAAAGGCAAGACAUUUACGAGAUACUUUUCUUAGACGAACUAAACGGAGAUGGGCUCCUGUCCCAACUAUUUUAAUGGAAAACUCACUUGGACCUUAUCCAAUGCAAAUUCAACAGGUAUGUUUUAAAUUCACCUCUUCAUUUUUACUUUUCAAAUUAUCAGUCAAGGAUUUUUGAGCAGCUUGGCAUAUGUUAUAAGUGACCAGUAACAGAACUUCAAUCAAUAGAAACUAUGAUUGAAGCCUUCAGAUACACAGCAUACUCUCUGCCCCCCAAUUCUUGCUAGGCAGCCAAGAACUUUACUGUUAAACCCAUCAUUUGAGUCUAUAAAUGAUUGCCCCAUCUGGUAAACUCAUCUGUCUGGGGGAAUUGUUUGUUGCAUCACUGCUGCUGAUAUAUACAUUGCUGCAGAAAUCUGGGAUUAGGGAAACCAGUUUGUCUCUGCCUACAUCUUUUGAAGAAGCUUGUAAUUGCAAUGUAAAUAUCUAAAGUCAGCUAUUUAACACCAGAGAAUGAAAUCCAUUUAAAUGCUUCAGCUUUUGCCUGGAAGUACCAAGGAAACAACAGCUUGAGUCUGAUGGGAGUUCAAUAUAAGGCUUUUACAUUUGUAAGCAACUAGCUAUGUGGAACAGCCUAAUCAUAUGAAUUCUCCCUACUCUCACCAGGAACAUGGUAAGCAAGUCACAAGCAUUUUAGACUUUGCAUGGAGCUACUAUCACAUGAAACAUUUAUUUCCUGUGUCCAUAAUAUUUGAAUUGAUGUGUAAAUAUUUUGUUUUUGCAUCUUGGGAUUGCUAACGGGAUUCUGAAUAAAUAGACAAGAAAACAAGAUUUUGUUAAUUAUUAUUUCUGUUUCAAAUUGGUUUGCAUUUACACAGCUGCUUUCCGACACAUCCCUAACAUACGAUAUCAGAUACUCCAUAAGUGGUCAUGGUGUUGACAAGCCACCAUAUAAUUAUUUCUACAUAGAGGAGGACACUGGAAAUCUAUUUGUUACCUGUCCAAUCGAUCGGGAAGAGUACCCAGAAUUUCAGGUAUGGGUUUCAGACUUCUGUUUACGUAUUUACUGAUAAGUAACAAUUGGACAGAUCCAUGGUAUUUCUUUUACUAAAAGUUUCUCUGAACAGGGCUGCCUUCAGAUGUUUUCUAAAAGUUGUGUAAUUCUUUAUCUCCCUGACAUCUGAUGGGAGGGCAUUCCACAGGGAGGGCCCCCACUGCUAAGAAGGCCCUCUGCAGUAUAGUCUCCUCAAGGUAAACAAUUAAAAAUGAAUGAACAGAUGCAACAAUUAUCUGUUGCAGCUGUCUGUAUGUUACUUUUUUGACAGGUAACUGCAUGAUUGAGGGAAACACGCAGGGAAAUGAGUUUUCAAACACUGUAUCCACUACAGAGAAGCUGUUUUUGAUAGCCUCACAAUGUUUACAUUAGUCCUCAGUUCUUCAAUAGAAGGUGAGAGGGAUUUGGUUGGUGAGCAACAUGUAGAAUCAUCAGCAGGCCAUGCACAGCAUCAACUUGCCAAUCAGAGCCAGAUGUUCCUGUACAUGUAAAUAGGUGGGGGGAGAAGACUGAUUUACUGGCUGCUAGCAGUACCAAGGCACUCAAGGAAACCUGAGAAGGCAUUUAUGGGUUUUCUUACAGAUGAAAGAUAGCAACCAGCCUGCCCUCACCCCAGCCUAUUAUCUUCCUUUGCUUCACAGCUUUCUGAUAACACUUGCCCACUCAUACUACUGAAACAGUUCAGGAAAAGGUGAACAGGCAAGCAGACACAAAGAACAUGAUGCUUGAACCAGGCAUUUGACUGACUAGAUGUCUUUCCUCCUAAACUGUUGUUCUGGGCUGCUGUGUUGAUAUUUUGUCAUUGGCUGUAUUGUGGUUUUAUUUUAUGAUUUCAAUGAAAAUUGUACUUCCUAUAACCAUUCAGUAAAGAGGAGACUACAAUAAUAAAUAUAUAAAUACUAACACUCAAGGUGCAGUGCCAAUUGAUGGGGAUAUAUAUGAAAACUUGUCUACAAAGAUGGAUUAUAGUUGAACCAGCAAAAAGGUACUUGCCCCACCUUCCCUUCACUGUUCCCAUGUGGUCUUUCCUAUCUUUCCCAUAUCUCCUUCUUCCUUCAUCUCUCCUUUCCAUGGCCCAAAUGGCGGUGCCUAGUCCCUUAUUUGUUUCCUUGCCUCAGGCCCCUGUUCGAACACACAAUUGCCUUGCACAAGUCCUUCUUUCCCAGGCCAUUCAAUGGACUACUUUAUUUGACCAUUGCUUCCUCUGUACUUCACUUUGUAUGACGCACAACUCCUUUGUACCUCCUUCACAUGGCUCUUGGACUCUGUCCAUUUCCUCUUAUGCCACUUUACCUCAUGUCCCUGCCUCCUUUCUCUCUUCUUCUUAGUCCAACUCAACUGUAGCCUAUCCUUAUGUCUGUUUUUAAAUGCAUAUACUCUGGGAGAUCACGGAGACACAAUGUCCCAUGCUUUUCUGGAUGUACAGGUGGACUGCUCACCACAAAGGCCACACACAGCAUAUAACAGCCUGCUCACCUUGGCAGAUUCUUGUUUAGAAACUUGGACUGAAGUAAUUGUAUCCUGAUUUGUUAAAAAUAUAUAUUUUUUUCUGCUUCAGAUCAACUAGCAAAUAAAAGUUUGUUUGUUUGUUUGCUCUUUUUUAUACAGUUGAUUUGCUAUGCAAUGACAGCAGAUGGCUAUACACCAGAGAUACCGCUUGUGCAUAUAAUUAGAAUAGAAGAUGAUAAUGAUAAUGCCCCAGUGUUUGAGCAGGACGUUUAUACUUUUCUUGUCUUUGAAAACUGUGGAAUUGGUAAUUUUAAAAAUCUUUUCUUUUUUAAAUAAAUCAUGCUUAGUUUAGACAGCAAUAUUUUAAAGUACUAAGUAAAAACUGAGGUGCUGUGAAUUGUAUGUAAGCUCCAUAUUAUUUUUAUUUGCUAUAAUUCUGAGCUUAUAUCUGAGUUCCGAAAAAUAAUAAUCUACAUAUAGCCCUAUUCAAGGAUUCUGAUUCUGGUUGGAGUAAUCAUAUGACAGCCCCCAUCCCCAGUCACACGGGGAUGAGAGGCCUACCUCCAUCUUCAUAGCCAUCAUUCUUGUUACUCUCGAUAGGAGCCAACUCCUAGGGGCUGGGGUGUGUGUCUUUGCUCCCCUAGUAAAAUAUUUGAGGGGGUCAGGGGCCCCUAAGGUUUAUGGGUAUUGCCAUCCAAAUGGCUUCCAUGCAACAUAUCAUGUGAAACGAUUAUGCAGGGCAUAAUUCAUUCAAGUUGGCACCCCCUGUUGCUCUCCAUGAGUUAGAGGGCAACUGUGUGAAAUGGGGAGCCUUCUAUACUUGUGGAGCCUCCCCAUGCAUUUUAAAAUACUGAUUUUCCAGGUGUCUACAAGCCCUACAAAUACAGUAGGUUCCCUGCUUCCCACAAUUGCUCUCUAACCGAUGAGAAUGAUGAUGAGUAAGCAUGAUACUGGUAAAUUCAUCUCCAGAGUGUACCUGCUCCCCAAAUGAGUUGUUGCUAUAACCAGCAGGAGAACUUCGGCUUCUCAUCAAAUAAAGGGUGGUGAACCACUGUUCAGCAAUGCAGUCCUAAAAUAACGAACUUCACUGUUUAUGCAGUAGGAAGUCCCCAACAGCGGGGGAAACCAAUCUGUUUCAAAUAAGAAUAUAGAAAGAUGCAUAGACAGAUAUAUCUGUUUCGUUGAUCAAAUGUUAAGAACGGUUAUAUUUCUCUACAGAUGUUUUAAAAUAGGUAUACUUAGGUAUACAAAAGUGAUUUUUUUAAAAAGCAUUCUGACAUAUAUGCCUGGAUUUACAUGUUUAGAUUAAGUGAAAAAUCACCACAUCUAAAUAAUUAUUUUAAAACUAUCUUAUGAAGGAAAGCUGGAAAUUUAAAGAUGAUGUUUUGUACAUACAGGGACGCUAGUUGGACAAGUGACUGCAACAGACAAUGAUGAGCCAUACACCUUACAUACGGAAGUGAAAUACAGAAUUGUGUCCCAGGAUCUUCAAAGUUAUCAGAAUUUAAGGGUAUUUGCUAUAAAUCCAGAUUCAGGUUCUAUUACGGUGGUAACAUCACAUCUGGACAGAGAGGUAAAUUUCCUGUGCACCUAGCCUUUAUUCACAUGCCGAAACUCUGCUAAGAAGGGCAACUUGGAGCUUUUUAGAGGAAAGGUAGAUUAUAAGGGAAAUAAAUGGGUACAUCGCCAUGCAAUUGUUGUUUAGGAUCAGAAUGUGAAGUCAUUCUUGCUCCCUUUUUAAAAAAACAAGGAGAUGUGUUUGAUGUUGCAAACAGAUCAUUUAAAGCAUUUAUUUCUCAUAAUGCUAUUUUGUAGGCUCAAACAAUGCCAAGCUGUUUUUUUCAAUGCAGCAUCCGCCAUCUUGGUCAAUAUUAUACAAACGUGUAACUAUCUGAAGAACUGGGCAGUCCCAUGGUCUCUGGUUUUCCUUUUCAUAAAAUCCUGGUGAUUUUAAUCAGAACAGGGAAAUUAUGUUUAUAUAUUCCUUUUAAUGCAGACAACACCAGAGUAUACGCUACAAAUUGAAGCAAGAGAUAUGGGAGGCCAGGAAUUCGGUCUGUGCACUACAGCAAAAGUUAUAAUUACAGUUGGAGAUGUAAAUGACAAUGCUCCACAAUUAGAACAAAAUGUGGUAAGUUUGUUAUUGUUAAAAUUCAACAGAGCUUUAAAAAAUGUGGGUACCUCCUGAGCAGCCAGUAUUUCCUAUGGUGUAAAUGUAAUCAUAAUAAAUGUUAAAUUGAGGAAAAAUACAAUUAUUUGCAUUUUAACUAUAGAGAAUUCCUUCCCUGGCUAUCAGGAUGGAAUAUGUAUUUACAGAAUAAUUGCCCAGACUAUUCUAUUCCUCUUAAUCUUUCAAAAGUAUAGCUUUGUUACAGUGCAAUCCUAUAGAUAUCUGCCCAGAAGCAUGGCCUAUUAAAUUCAGUUGGGCUUACUCACUGGUACAUGAAUAUAGGAUUGCAGCCCAAGUCCCUAAGUAGAAAAGUAUGUGUUUAACAGAUUCUACUCUGUUAGAUGCAUGAAGGGUUAACCUCAGUUUGCAGCUAUAUAGACAUGUGGGUAAAAAAGAAGAGGUGGGAGUGGAAUGCUAUUACCAUGUGUGGCCAGGAGGCCACCAAAACAAGAGAUACGUGUGUCCUAUUACUAUGGUAACUAAGAUACAAAUGCAAACAAGGCAUAGAUGCAAACAAAUUCCCAUCCUAGGGGUAAAGUAUCAACUCAAGAGUGGAUGUGGUCUAAUCUCCAAAGAUAAUGAACAGGAAAUUAAUAAUAAAAUGGUACCUUGGGUUACAGACGCUUCAGGUUACAGACUCCGCUAACCCAGAAAUAGUACCUCGGGUUAAGAACUUUGCUUCAGGAUGAGAACAGAAAUUGUGCUCUGGUGGCAUGGCGGCAGCAGGAGGCCCCAUUAGCUAAAGUGGUGCUUCAGGUUAAGAACAUUUUCAGGUUAAGAACAGACCUCCAGAACGAAUUACGUUCUUAACCCGAGGUACCACUGUAUACGUGAACACCAAGGGACAAUCACAUCCUGUAGUGAGCUAGCCAUUCCCAAUUGUGGCUCAGUUCAAGUCUGGUAGUGUCAGAUCUGCACAAGGCUUGAAACUCUGCAGCUUCACCACUGGAGUUAAAGUAUUUUAUUGUUGCUUUUGGAAAAUCAUUUCACUGUUCUAGAAGUGUUUAUUAAUUGCUUAUUUGAAAACUUCAUUUCAGUAUGAAGUGAAAAUAUAUGAAAACGAAGAAAAUAUAGAAAUAUUGUGCAUUCCUGUAAGAGAUAAUGAUGAACCUGGGACUCCUUCAUGGUUGGCUGAAUUCACAAUUAUAAAAGGAAAUGAAGAUAAUGCUUUUUCUAUGAAUAUUGAUCAAGAGAGAAAUGUUGGGUGUUUACUUGUUUUAAAGGUAAAUGCAGAUGGGGAAAAAUUACCUGUGGUACAAAGGUAUAUUACUAAUGGGAAUCAUCUAGAGUUUUUUUUUUGAAAUUAUUUGAUGGUAUGCAACAUAAUUUUAAGCCCUGAAAGGCUGUUCUUGAAAUGUUAUAUUUGUAACUAUUUUCCAAGGGUUCCCAAGCUUGAAAUGUUCCCCUAAAGGAAAUUUAUCCAUGGUUUAUGCAAUUUGGGGGAAAUAAGCAAGUAUGAGGAAAAGGAAGGGUGGCAAGAAACUUAAUGAAAUUGCAAAAUACCAAUUGAUAACCAUUGUGUGGAAUCCAAAAGGUGUCAUUCCACUAAUGGAAGGAAUUCACUAUACCAAUAGGGAGGCAAUUUUUGAAGACUCCCUAUGCAGCCCACAUCCCCUUAAUCUACUCUGCAGGGUCCCUGGCCAGAGAAAUCACCAAAAAAUUUCCCCCUCCCUGUUCUGCUUAUGCAUGUCUUCUGUCAGCAGAGUGACACCCAUUGGAUUCCACACAUUAUUUUUACCAUAUUUGUUCAAAGUUUAUAACAGCAACCCAGUAAUAAAUAUUGUGUUAGUUUUAACAGAAAUGUGUUUGUUUCCAGGGACUGGACUAUGAAACUUCCAAGGAGAGAAGAUUAGAAAUUGUUGUAAAUAAUGAAGCACCUUAUAUCCUAGCACCAAAUUCAAGAGCCCCAUCAAGAAACCCCACCACAAUUGUGAUUGAAGUUAUGGAUGUGGAUGAGGGGCCAACAUUUGCCACUGAAUAUAUUAUAACUUUAAGGGAAUCUUUCCCAAAAGGAACAGUGGUUGGAAUCUAUCAAGCAUAUGACCCAGAAACUGGAGAUAGCACAGGCAUAAGGUACACUUUUAAUUAUAACACAGUAAUCUGGUUUAUAGAUUGUGGUUAAAAACAGGGAACAAUUAUAAUUGGUUUAUAUUAUCACAUUGUACUAAUGGUAUACAACCCUCCUAAAAUGUUCUCAAUAGUUACGGAAUAAUAAAUGACCCAUGCAACUGGAUCACCAUUGAUGAAACAGGACAGCUGAUAACCACUACAAUUUUAGACAGAGAUAUAUUAAAUGAGGAAUACAGUCAAUGCAUUGUAACAGUCUCUGCAACUGACCAAAGUGAGUAACAAAUGCUUGUAAACUGCUGAUUAUGCCAUCUACAUAUUUGCAGUAGUAUUUUGUAUCUUUCUUUUAAACCACAGUGUUAAAAGAACUCUAAUCCUAUGACAUCAGUGAGCUCACAAUAUGGAUAUAAAUCAUGGUUCCAUCUGUAUUUUAUAUAUAAUAAGCUUGCUACCGUGAAGAAAAUGAAAUAACAGAAAAACCCAGUAAACUGAAUCAUAAAAAGGUUAAAUUAAAUAAUACCAAAUCCACAUAUAUUGUACUUGUUUUAUGAAUGCAAUUUUAUCAAUUUCAUGCUGCUUAUUUUUUCUGAAUGGCAGUACAGACAUUAUUGCGAAUAAAUAUUUUGAAAUCUUGUUGAUAAUUCAGUAAGUGUUUAAAAAGAGCACUAAAUGGUAAAAGGUAAAGGACCCCUGGAUAGCUAAGUCCAGUCGAAUUCGACUAUGGGGUACGGCGUUCAUCUCCACUUUCAGGCCGAGUGAGCCAAUGUUUUUCUGAAGACAGCUUUCCGGGUCAUGUGGCCAGCAUAACUAAAUGGCUUCUGGUGCAAUGGGACACUGUGACAGAAGCCAGAUUGCAUGGAAAUGCUGUUUACCUUCCUGCCACAGCGGUACCUAUUUAUCUACUCACCCUUGUAUGCUUUUGAACUGCUAGGUUUGCAGAAGCUGGGACAGAGCAAUAGGAGCUCAUUCCUUCACACAGAUUAGAACUACCAACCUUAUGAUCUGUAAACUCAAGAAGCUCAGUGGUUUAGACCACAUUGCCACUGUAUCCCCCUAAAAAAAGCACUAUUCCCCUCCUAGCCCUGGUUUUUGCUGUUUGUUUAAGUGUAGACCCGGAUAGGAAAAACUUAAUUCAGAUGUUUUUUUCUAAACUUAUUCACUUGGUAAAUUGAUACCAGAAAGGUUGCAUUUUCCUCAGAGUCGUAUGCCAAACUCCAUCUUCUGUUGCUGAAUUGAAUUCCUAGUUUGUUGCCCUGUUGCCACAGAAAUAAGUCUAAAAGCUAGCUUUAAUCCAUGAGAGAGAGAGAGAUAAAAAUUCUUAUAAUUUCCUAUAUUUGGGGCAGAACUUUUUUCCACUACUACAUAUUUGCACAGAUUAGCUGAAGCCUGCUACUGUGACAGUGUGUGACUAUUUACAGCAUUAAAUCAUGAAAAACUUCCAUUUUCCAGGUGGUAAAACAGGCCAAGGGAAAAUUGUGAUAAACAUCAUGGAUGAGAAUGACAAUUUCCCAGUGAUUACAACAAAGAAUUACACCAUGUGUAAGGACAAAACACCAAUUUGUAUUACGGCCUUUGAUGCCGAUCUACCUCCUUACACUGGACCUUUCCAUUUUGAAAUAGAGAAUCGAAUGGGCUUAACAUGGAGGUUAACACCAAAUGAUGGUAUGUACAUGGUUUUCCCUGUCCCACUUCUGUAAUAAUAACAGUAGCUAAGAGAACAAAUAAUGUAAAAAUGUUCAUCAUUGCACAAUUUGUUUUUCAGAUGAAUCAGCAUUGCUUUCACCCGUGGAAGAUAUUGACUAUGGCUAUUAUAUAAUACCUGUUAGGAUAUAUGAUAAUGAAGGUAACAGUGGAAUAAGUGAAAUAACAGUUCACUACUGUGACUGUGAAAUUCCAAGUAAUUGUUCUGAACGCAGCACAGUCGCCGCUCUGGAGAAUGGGGCAAUCCCUGUAGAUCGCGUUCCAUAUCAAGCAGAAUCUGCUUUUGGUCCCUGGGGCAUUGCUGCAACAGUCCUUGGAUCAGUAUUAUCACUGUGUAAGUAUAUCUCUCUCUUAUAGAUGAUAUACAAAAUGAGCCAUUAACUCCAGUCUGUUGCAAAACUGCUUCUCCCUUGACUCUUCCUUGGAGUUCUAAAUGUUCACUUAAGGUGGCUUAGUCCCAUGUUUGUGUAUAUAGGUAUGUUAAAUGGAAAAUGCACAUAGCCAGGUGCCAUGGAAAAUGUGCACAUGUCCACGAAGAUGGAAUUCUGCACAUUUCCUGGUCAAUUUGUACAAUCCACAACAAGCUUUGGGCAUUGCGCAUGUAUCAACUACAUUAGGUAUGUUCUCUGGCCAAUAUGCAUUAUCUCCAACAGGCCUUGCAAAACGUGCAUAUCUCAACUGCAUUCUGUACAUACAUGCUGACUGUUUGCUGUUUGGGAGAACUAGGCCUCUUUUCCAGAGCUAUCAAAUCUUCCAGAGGAAGAAAAGGGAGGGGGGAAUGCCCUGAAAUGAAAAAUCAUCCAUAGCAUUUUAUUAUUAGUCGUAUUCAUUAGAUUUGUACACCACCCUUCAUCCGUAGAUCUCAGGGUAGUUCACAGCAUAAAAAUACAAGCUAAAGACACAAAUAAACAUAAUAAGAACAAGAACAAACCAAACCAAUAACCUCCUCCUGCUCCCCCAAAAACAUUUAAAAGGCUAUAGGAUGUUAAUCAGCCAAAGGCUUAGUUGAAGAGGAACAUUUUCACCUGGUGCCUAAUGGUGUAUGAUGAAGGUACCAGCUGAACAUCCCUGGAGAGAGCAUUUCACAAAUGGGGAGCCACCCUUUACUUUGAUUAUUGUAUUUACUUCUCCAGCCCCCCACUUCCUGAGGUACAUGCCGGCCUCCGAUGCUAUUUGCUUUAUAGAAAAUAUGUAACAAUUUACUUAUUAAAUUCAGUUCCCUUCAUGCAUGACUUUGAAUCACAUAAUUAAAAACUAAAGCUCAGAUUAUGUGUAUUUCUUUCUACAGCGGGGAUGAUGGUACCCUGUGGUUACUGGCUCCAUAAAAGAAAUUCCAAUACUGAAGAAGCGCCUGGAGAAGCACCUGGAGAAGCGUCUAAUAAUGCAGCUUUUGAGAACUUAAUGAUGUCAAACACAGAGGCACCAGGUGAAGAAAUGACAGUAAGUAGCAUUUUUUGGCUAAAAGUUAUGAAGUUCCGUACUGCAUUUGCUUUCUAAAAAGUGGGGUGUGGGUGGGUGCGCACUAAAUAUUAGAGUUGCUGUGUUACUAUAAAAGGGGAAAAACAUGCUUGCAAUGUUUUAUCUUUUUAGUGUGUGUACAUUUGAGCUAACUCCUGCACUGUGGGUGUGAGAGAGCGUGUGAGUGAGAGACAGAGAAGGGUGGGGAUUAGUAAGAAGACUGCUGAGCACCCAAAAAAUUCCAAAACAUAAGGUGGUAUUCAACUAAGUUUUAUUCGGAAUAUACACAUGGAAAUUAAUGAACAUGGCUACGUUUCUGGGUUCAGAAAAGAUUGGGAUUCAUUUUCUUGGGUUUGGAGGUCAAGUUAAGCCAACUCUACUUGCCAAAUAAGAUGGUGGGCAGUAAGUUAGCUGCAGCACUUUAUCAUGGUUAUAAGAGGACCUGGCCUGGUGCUGCAAAAUGUAUUUCUGGAUCCUGGAAUGGCAUGCAGGCAAGAGAGUUGCUGAGUUGUGGAGAUAGUAAGGCCCACAAGUUACUGUUUUGAGUUGGUAUGGGAUAUGUAUACAUAAUGGGGAAAAUAGUUGGCUUGGGUUCAGGCCCUGUUUUUCCGAGAAUUCAGGAAUCUUAUCUCCCAAACUAUAGAUGGUAAAAAGAAACUGCUGCUUCUUUUACAAAAUUCUGCUGUUAUCUUUCUUUUCAGGUUCUAAAUAUACUUCCAGUGAGCACACUGAAUACAGCUGUAAGCAUGGGCACAGUUGCAGAGAAAACUGGAAAGCAGGAAAGUUUGGAAGUGAUAAAAGGAGAAGGCCAUCACCCACCAGAAUUGGUCAAAGGUGGAGGAAAUAAACUGGCAGCAUCUUUACAUGACAUCAGAGGGCAAAGCAAACCAGAAUUAGUCAAAGGAGGAGGAAAACUCUUGGCAUCAUCUUUACAUGAUAUUACAGGGCAUCACAAACCAGAACUAGUCAAAGGCGGAGGAAAUAUCGUGGCAGCAUCUUUACAUGAUAUUAGAGGGCAUCGCAAGCCAGAAUUAGUAAAAGGCAGAGGAACUCUAUUGGCAGCAUCUUUACAUGAUAUCAGAGGGUAUCGCAAACCAGAAUUAUUCAAAGGUGGAGGAAAUCACUUGACAGCAUCUUUACACAAUAUCAAACAACCCAUACGGAGUUCCUCCAGAGAUUUGUGCUCACAAUGGCAGGAAUUUACCAAUCCUCAUUUAGCUAAAGUAAGCAUACUGAUACAGAUUUCCCAUGGUUUAUGUUUGGAUUAAUGUUAAGACUAUCCACCGUAGUGUGAUAUAUUUCAGUUAAAUAGCUACAGUUAGUUCAUAUUCUGGAUUUUAAUAUUGGCUGUAGCUCUCUAGUUAUUUGAUACACUUAGGCUGUUUUACUGGAAAGAUCCAUGUUGUUCGUGCUUGUGAGGUGUUUGUGUGGCCCACAAUUAUUAAUUUAUUCCCCAAAAAGAAUCGAAGGUCACUCAUAGCAUACCAUUAAUACAAUAAAAGCUAAAAAUUCAGUUAUAAUACUAAAUAGCAUAAAGCAGUGAGAUAAAACAUAAUCCGUAAAGAUCACAGCAGAAAACAAGUCAAUACCAUCAAUGAAUGCCUCAUACAAGCAGUAUAAAAUAGUAUCAGUCACUUAUCAAGCAAGACAACAUAGCCCAAAGAGUGGGGAAAACCAGACCACCUUCCUUUGGGAUGGUGUUUCAGAGCUUUGGAGCAACUACUGAGAAAGUCCUACCUAUUCAAAUGCUUCCAUUAUUUGAAUGCAGAGCCUAAUGCUGAUGCUCAAGGUAUCCCACAGUGUGAUGUGGAGGCUAAUAAAAGGUAAAAAAUGUAAGGGUAAAGGACCCCUGGAUGGUUAAGUCCAGUAAAAGGCGACUAUGGGGUAAAGAACUCAUCUCGCUUUCAGGCCGAGGGAGCCGGUGUUUGUCCACAGACAGCUUUCUGGGUCACGUGGCAAGCAUGACUAAACCGCUUCUAGCACAAUGGAACAUCGUGACAUAAACCAGAGCGCACGGAAACACCGUUUACCUUCCUGCCACAGCAGUACCUAUUUAUCUACUUGUACUGGCGUGCUUUCGAACUGCUAGGUUGGCAGGAGCUGGGACAGAGCAACGGGAGCUAAUGCAAUCUUAGGUUGCAUUUAUAGCAGCACAGUGCUCGGAAAACAAGAUGAAAGAGUUCCAUUCUGGUCUGCACUAGUCAGGCCAAAUGUGAAGUCCUCUGUCUAGUUCUUGCCAUCAAAAUUUUAAAAGGAAAUUGAUAAAAGAAAGCAAGCCCACAGGUUCUGUACUGCCCAGGAAGGGGGUAUUUUGUUCACUGCCCAGGCAUUCUGUUGAAUGAAGGCUGACAUAAAAGCACAAUAAAUAUUAAUAAAUAGGCGGCUAGAAAAUCCCUUUCAACCCAGUGAUUCUAUCCUGUGUAGUAUGGGAUAGAUUGACACAAGAAGCUGAUCAUUGCCUUUAAUAAACAGUAUGCAAACUGCAUUGUUAUGCUUUAUAGAAAGGGACUUAAAUAGUAUGAAUCAUAUACAUGAAUUAUAUUCUUCUUUGUAUGCAGGAACCAGUUAGAAGCCCUGAUUUAUGUUUAGGUGCAUUUAAGAAAAUGGUUAACAUGUACUUUCUUUGCGUGCAGAAGGUGUUUUUGUGCGAACAGGAGGAAGAACGUAAACGUGUCGGCGAAUAUGUACAUUCAUAUAAAUAUGAAGGAAAAGGAUCGCUGGUUGGUUCCCUAAGCUCCUGUACUGGCGAGUCAUCAUCAGAAGAACUUGAGUUUUUAAAUGAGCCGGAGCCUGCUUUUAAGACAUUGGUUGAAGCCUUUGUAAUGAAGAAGCACGCUUCCAUUGGUUCUGAAACCCACCUGCACAAUUCUACAGGAAGCUAUGUGCUAACUUCCACAGUUGGAGGCAGCAAUGCUUCUGAAUACCAGCUACUGGAAACCACAGGACAGAAGAGUGCUCUUGUGCCCAGAACGUGCUUGCUGGUUUCCCAAAGGCAACUUGUUGGCCACUGUGAGAACACGAUGCUGGAGCAGAUGGGCCAUUGGCCUGAUCAAGCAGGCUCAUCUUAUCUUCUUAACUCCAUUGAAAUGAAUUAAUGUUCUUGUACCCUCCCAGUUCAUCCCAAUAGGUUUUGAUAAGGAAAGCAUGGCCUACUGUAGGCUGUCCCCAUUUACAUGUCUCUCUCUCCCCCCCCAUUUUUUAUUUAAGUAGGCUCUAAAAGAGUUGAUUUAGUGGGGUUUUUAAAAAAAAUAAUUGAGAUUCUGAAAUUUGACCUAACUGCACAAAACAGUUUUAAGCUCAGGUGCUUAAUUUUACAUUUUUAACAAAAUGUAGUUUCAUUCUUAUCUUUAAAAACACCCUUUGGAAACAGUAACAUUCUAUUUUUUCAAUUUCAAUAUUAUCUGUCACAUGUCUGAUAAAUAGAAAAUAUUGGUUUAGCUUCUCUUUUCAAAGACUUCUAGUAAUAACUAUGAAAUGCUACUGGUGUGCAUGUUAAAGUAUUUUCUUAGUUUCUUACUUAUAUUAAUUGCUUAUUUAUAUUCUUUUAAUUUCUUACAUAUCAUCUGUGUACUGGGUUCUGAACUAAGGUUCUGAACUAAGCCAGCGCAUAGUUGCCUAGGAAGUCCAACUGAAAUCAACACAACUCAUGUGCAUAACAAUGUACUGGAUACAACCUUUAGAUUUUAUAGCCUGAACUGUGGAAAUAAGAUUAAAUUGGAAAGCAGCACUAGUCCACUAGCAAAUAAAUGCCAUUAAAAGCCCUCCAUACUUUAUCUCUGUCCACACAGCAGUUGUAAGCAUAUAGGUUCUCCAUUUAUUUUUCUGUAGCUCCUCCUGCAAUGAAAUGAAAAAUAAAGCCCUCAUGCCAUGUGUGUAUGAGUGCAAAUAUGUGCAAACGUCACAUGCUAUUUGCCUUUCAGAUCCUUUUUCACUCUUGCCUCUGGCUUCUGUCCACCCAGCAGAGCUCAUCAAUAUGUUGAAACUGCAUAUUGAUUAGAUUAUAUGGCUUGGGGCAAGCGCUUGAAGAAUCAUAGCAAUAACAAGGACUACUGAUAUGUCUAAAAAUUUCCUGGUGCUAUAUUUGGUAUCCUGCCCACAAGGUAAUUGAACCUGAGCAUAAAAUGAAGAUCAGCUAACCAAGCAAAAAACUAAAUUUCAGAUGCAUUAUGUAUUUUCUAACACACACACACACAACAUGGUAAACUGAGGUUAAGAGGCCAUGAAAUCAAAUUCAAAAAGUUUUGAAUGCAAAGCUCAGGUCAGUGAAUACAUCAGUCUUUGCCAACCUUGUGUUUUCCAGAUGUUUUGGGCUACUACUAGUUCCCAUCAUUCCCAAACAACACUGAUGGGAAUCAUAGUCAAAACAUCUGGAGGACACCAAGUUGGCAAAGAGAAGUAUGCAAGACUGGCAUAGCAACCUUUCAUAAAUAAUCUUUCUUAAUAUUCCAAUAUUCUCAAUUUUAUCUAAGCUUUACCAAAAUGCAUUAAGGCUGUUUCCAUACACUUAUUCCAGAUAUCAGUGCUGUUCUGGAUUGAAAUUAAAGAGAGUUAUUGA